GGAAGGGGAGGGAGGAUCAGAGUCCUCGGUUGUUUCUGUUCCCUGGCAGCAACAUAGCAGCACAGAGUGAACCCAGAGCCCAGCAGUCUCCAAACUCAUUGGCACAGGUCAGCAGCCGUGCGGCACACAGACAGCGAUACCCCAGAGACAGUGAUCGUGAGACAGACAGAGCACAGACACACAGAUCCAGGACAUUGCAAUCACUCCGAGACCUUUAACCUCCCUACAUGGCUGUGAGAGGACCUUUCCAAUGACCAUGAGAGGCUCCAGUCUGAGGGAUGCAGGUUAGGGAACUGCCAUCGAACAUCCAGGAUUAGAUUCAUCUUCUGGACAAAACCUCUCUUUAUCAGAAGAUCACCAACCUCAUCAUUGGUCACACCGUGUUAUCUCCAUAGCCAGCACUCUGCGUCUGAUAUUUCUGGACUCACAUCCUUCCCAUAGCUUCAUAUCCCCAUUGAGAACUAUUCUUCUUUUUCACUUUAUUUUUUUUUUGUUAUUGGUGUCAUCCUGUCAUUUGUUACACCUGUUUCAUACCUUCUCUGUUAGUCGCUGAUUUAUCUCAUCAAGCAGCAAGUGCAAGCUGGGUUUGUUGACAGGACACUAAGAUACUUGACAAUCGGUGAGCACCACACACAGCAAUGGCACAAUAUAUAAUGAAUGCAGUUAUACUGACACUUCUCCUAAAUACUGGAACCUGCACCUUGGAGAGAUUCCACAGCAGUGAUGAUCAUGUCAGUUGCACUGGGGUAUGUUUGAAUACUUUCAUUUUUAUCAUUAUCUAUUUUAUUAACUACUAAAACUAACAACACUAGAUUCAAUUAACAGUGACCUCUGAACUACCUUAGCAAAUUUAGAGGUUUAUUCACUACACACCAACUUUUAGUAAAGUGUAAACCGAAUUAGGAAAUUCAGUCUGAAAUAGGCUAUUUAUGACUAUAGUUGAAAUGGAUAAUCUUUCUGAAUCUGUUAUUUUGCCUACAUUUCUGAUUCACUUUUUAGAUUCACUACAAUUCUUUUUUUAGUAAAUAAACCCCAAUGAUUUCAAAUCUGCAAAGAUUAUACCCUAAAGUGUUAAUUUCUUAAAAUGCGUUCAACGCUAAUUUAUAUCUAAAGUUUUAAAUAAAUCUACAAACCGGUUAUGUUUUCAGUUUGGUUUAUUCUGAGUUAAAAUUUUACAUUUUACGUUGGAUUCACUUUGAAUCAUAGAUCCCACAGACAUGUCUAAUCUUAUAUUUAUAGUCUCAUAUGCCAUUCCACUCUAUGAAAUCAUACAUUAUCGCAUUUAAUCUUUAAUUCCAUGAUAGCAGACUCCUGAAAUGUUGUGUGUCAGGCAGUGUGUAUUGAGUGUGUGUCUAUGAAUGUCUCUGUUUAGGAAUGAGUAUGUGUAGCUGGGAAUGUUUACCUGCGUUUGUGUGUCCAUGAGUGACACAGAGCGUGUAUCUGUGUAUGUACAGUAUGUCUAGGUAUGUGUAUGUGUGUCUGUGUACAUAUCUGGGAGUGUGUUCCAAGAGGGCACGCACAAUGUUAUUUUGAAGGGGUCUCACAAAUUCUUUUCUUAAAUGUAAUGCCCAUGGUUUUAAAAAAAACCGACAAUUCACUCUUUAGUGUAUAACGCUGUGUGUAUCACACUUAUCUAAAUCUUGGAGAUUCACUAUUAGAGCAGCAAGUCAUAAUGUUGACUGUAAAAUGUUGGGUGAUAAUACUAUUGUAUUUGAUAAAAAAAAAACAGCAGCUAUUAUUAUGAGGUUAUGAGGUGCAUUAUCACCUAUUCUCAUUAUAGCAACAAAAAAAAUGGAGUAAUGCGUAACUCGUAUUUAAAGUGCACACCCAGGUGCUACCAUAUUUAUUGGAAGGACAAAAUAUAAGUUGCAAACGUUUUGGGCGACUGAACUUUAUUAAUGCUAAUGUCCUUAUUAUAAGGAGAACAGUGUAAUUGGCUCCUGAUUCCACAUAUUAGAGUAAGGAGGUACACUGUUGUGUACUCCCUAACCAAGUUCUCUAGUCCUAUACACAGGAGAUAUUUAGGUAUUUCACUGCCAUCAUUAUUAUCCAAGUGAAUUAUAGGUGGUAACGGUAAACAGAAUUUUGAAUCCUGGUUUUCCCCAUAACCAGUGUGGAUAGUCCUUGUAGCCUAUGCUAGGGUUUAGUGGAAGCCUCAUCCGUAUGCAUCUUUAUUUAUAAAAGUGUAACUCAAAGUAUUCUCUUGUGAUGGCACUGUAAUGACACUGUUAAGAAUGUGGCUGUAUUACAACAGCACUAUUUUUACACUUGUCGUUAUAUAAAGAGGCCUAUAUAGAGGAAUUCCAAUAUUUAUAAUCUAGUAUAAAAUAACAUAUACAAAAACAGAAAUGCAGAGGAUUUACAACGUGUAUAAUCUAGUCAAAUAACACAUUUUAAGUUAUCUGCAUUGAGGACAUAUUGUAUAAACCACGUAAGUAAAUCUAAUUGAAGAAUUACUAAACUGUUGCAGCAAGUAAAAUAUUAUUACAUAUUUGAUAAUAUUCUCUAGUUAUAAUACAGAGAUUACUGAAAUCCUAAAUUAUGGCUCUUACUGCUCGCUUGAUCGAUACUCCAACCUCAUGGACCAGAAUAAAGGACCUGGUCUUUUUAUUUAUUUGUACAAAUCUGCAACCCUUCACUUAAAGGGUAAUGUGCCCAGAUAGGUUAAUUAAUCUGCCACCAUCAUAUGAAGAUAUUUAUUAUAGGAGCCUUUUGGGGUUAAGUGUAAAACAGGGAGUGCUAAAUCUGGAAACAGUUUGAUGCAACAAAAAUUUAAAAAAAUCCAAGAUUAUACUUUGUACUUAAUUUGUAAAACAUUAAAGAAAAUUUAGGGCGUAAUUUAUUAUUUCUGGGCAACAUUUCACCCUCCCAUGUAAAAACAUUCCUACCUGGGCUGGUUUAGUGAUUUCUUUUAGUUUAUUUUAGUCCACAGUAGCUUGCACCUGCUAUGUGACAAAACACCCCUCAAAGCAGAGUGAAUUCAACAAACAAAUCAAACGCAACACCUGUCUAGAAAACUGUACACUAUAAUAUCAAAUAAAGUGGCGUCAGUUGUGUUAGACUUUAUUAACACUUUAAUGGUAGAUACAAUAUGAAAACGUAGAGCAACAGAAUACUGAAAAAGGGGUAAGCGAUAUUAGUGGCCCAUAGAGCAUGCCAAAACCAAUUGGGAUUAAUGUGAAAUAUAAAGAGCAGCUAUGAACUGUCCAACCCUAAUGUAGACCUUCCUUGCGUGCAAUAAUAUAAUCCCGUGGGUUCUGGAUACAGCUAUAAACCAGUUGACCUUUGGUUUAUGAUAUCUGUAGAACCGCUCAAUUACAUAUAUUAACAGUUAUGUAUCCUCUGUAUGUCAAGAACUAUAAGUGGAAGGGUCUUCCUUUGCAUUUGGAACAUCGCCCGUCCUUCUUGGGAAGAAUGCUGCCAUAUAUGUUGUGCACUGUAUGUAGCGAUAUUCUAAUUAUCCUGAAGAAGAUACGCUUUCUGUUCUAUGAAAGAGGUGGAAAACCUUCAUCGUACUCCGAUUUUCAGAAAAUGUCGAUAUAGAUAUCUGGCUACUAGGGGGGUCAUGUGUCAUGGAAGGUAUUUGAUACAAUGCUGGUGUUCAUGAACGUUUUCUUGUUUGGAGGUAUUACCAUUGUCACGAACACUACCAUUCUAAGGCAGGCACGUGACUCGCUUCAUUGGAUGAAAGGGUUAAAAAAAAAAUCACUAUUUCUCUGCGCGAGAUACAAAAUAAUGAUAAGGUAUUACUUUUAACACCACCCACAUUUAUUUCCAGUAUAAAAAGCUCCAACCAAGACAACUAAAUAAAAAUAAAAGUGUCUUGGUCUACCGAAACCAAAUUAAAUCAGACACCACAAAAACAGAGUUUUGCAAAAAUAUCUUUGAAAUCACAGUACUAUAUUUAAAAAAACAACAACAAUUAUCUUUUGUUGUGCACAGAAAUACAAAACAGGCCUGCUAUGCCCCAACGGCAAAUGGAAGUGUCGCACAAUACAUAACACAUUUUUGGAAAAUAUCACAGUCCGCACAGUUCUAUUUUAUGUCUCUUCGGUAACGUGAUUUUUGUACCAGACAACGGCAACACCUAAUAAAGGAACAUUUAUUAUCAACAGAAAAGAGUCACAAACAAAGUAUGUCAUCCUAGCACACAUGAAUGCCAGGAUGACAGACGGUCCAUAAACUGAGCACUGCACAGAGAUCAUUUCCAAAACAUUAUUACUUCUAUGGUACGAAGAACAUCCUUCGUCAAAUAUUCACAUGGUUAUGUGCCAAAAAUUUAAUUGUACCAUAUUAAAAUCCUAACUGCAAAAUGUAGGCUAAAAUAGUCAAGUUGCUGUCAAUGCAGCCAAGGAAAGGGUGGUCACUGGAUGCUGGAGAUAGCCAAGUUUUUUUUUUUAAAUAAUCUUUUAUAAAGGUAAUAAGUAGCUGAUCACUUUUUUUUCUCAAGCUGUACAUGCAAUGCCUUUACUGGAGUGAGGUGUGCAGCACUUACCUCUGUACAGAUUCAGUUUGAUUCGAUUAACUUUUAUAAGAGCAGACAGAUCCAAUGUGUAUUUAUUACACUAUAGGCACUAAGUCAACUUUCGCAUAAUGAAGCAGUUUUAGUGUAUAGAUCAUGCCCCUGCAUUCUCAAUGUAAUUCUCUGCCAUUUAUGUGUUAAAUCCCUUUGUUUAUGCGGCUCUAGCCACACCUCCCUGCAUGUGACUUGCACAUCCUUCCUAAACACUUUCUGUAAUGCAAGAUUUAAUGUUUACACUUCCUUUAUUGCACAUUCUGUUUAAUUUAGAAUUUCUUAUCUCCUCCUGCUCUGUUAAUUGCCUUCUAAAUCCCACACGAUCCUCCUUUGUGGCUAGGGCUGCAGGGACAGAAUCAAAAGUGAUUUCAUUUUUAAAUGGUGGAAAUUGAGCAUUGAGACUACAGUGGCAUGACCAAUACACCAAAACUACUUAAUUAAGAUAAAGUUUAAAGGGGAACUAUAAUCUAGUUCAGACAAGGCAAAGACAGGACAAACUGCAAAUGGAAAGGAGAAAUAGAAACGUUGUUUCAUAUCUCCUCUUCUUUGUAUGUUUUUAAGGCUGACUGCCAGGUGCAGAGGACAGUGCUUAUAACAAUGACUAACAGACAGCUAAAAUGGAGGCAGCCAGGUGCAAGAUUAACAGUUGUGGAUUUGUACAUUUUAUUUUAUUUUUCACUCAUUAGAUACUUAAUACAUAAUACAUAAUGAUAAGUAAAUAUAAUAUAAAAAAUCCUGGGAAGUGGCAAUACCCCUUUAAACGAAACUAUCGGCCUGGUUCAUUGAUGUUGCUUUCAUCAUGCCAUGAAAUGCACAAACAAAUGUAUCAUGCAUAGUUUUCCAGUGAAUAACUGGAAUAAAAAAAAAAAAAAAUUGUGUUUUUUUUUUUUUUUAACCAGAAACAAUGACUAAUUCUUAGUUAUCAAUUUUCCCUCUGAAGUGACUUCUCAUUUAAUAACAUAAUAAAAAGAACUGCAGAUUGAGACUGAGGGACAUAUUUUGCUUUGCAAACGUAAAUGCACUUAUUGAGAGAAAAUGUGUUUAAGAGAAUAUGUACAGGAAAUCUAGAAUCAUGCAAUUUUCUAAAUAAAUACAUAGAUAGCAAGAGAGGAGACGUGGGGCAGCCGAUGCGCCUCUUUCAUACUCGGUGAGACGGAGCGUUGGGUACAGUGUGAGGGAAAUUGAGGGGCGGGAUGAGGACACAAUGCUAUGCUGUGUUUCUACCUUCAGAACUCACUGUAUCUCAAUCACCUCCAUAAAGGCACAGCUAGAACUGCCAGUACAAAGCUUGGUUACUCUACAAUUUUGGGUAGACAACCUGGAGAGCCAGAAAAAGCUAAAAAUGUGGAAGAUACAAGCACAAAGGAGGGGAGGAUAUAAGAAGCCACAUAAAGUGGUGGAAUAUGGGUGGGGGGAGCUUGAAAGAAGCCAAACAAGAAGGGAACAUAUAAGGAGCUCUACAAAGUUGAGGAGUGGAAGGAACAACACAAAGAGGAUUAGAUUGAAAGGGGAUCAAAUGUGGUGGGGAGGGCUGAAAGAGAAACAUAAGAUGAAAUAGACUGACAGAAGCACACAUGGGGGAAGAGAAUGAUUGGCAAACAAGAAAUGGGGUGGUGGAAAGAGAUACAUGGAUAAAGUGGGAAACCCAAGGUGUGUAUGUGCCCGGGGGAGCUAAACACUUAUGUACAACAUGGAAAUUCACCCAUGAAUCAGAAAUUUCACAUUGUUGGCAAAGGGAAAAAGUACAGUUAAAAUAAACACAUGUACUAUACAACACUAUCACCCCCUGCAAAUAAUACCUGUAACAUACUCAAUAUUGUCAGAGCACUCCAGAGACGCAGAGAGAGAAAAUGGAGCAUGAACACAAACGUUACUCAAUACACACAUAGAGUUGGGAUGGAAAGAGUUAACUCAUUCAUGCUGACACAGAAACAGACAGUCUGUGAUGGAACUCCGGCUAUUACAUUGCAUAUGGGGCAUUCCGGGAGGGGGCAGCUACCGCUUACUCAGCCAAACAGGGCGCUCAUAAGGUUCAUUUCAGUGAGCACAAUGGGACUGCGAGCACCAUAACCACUUCAAUGAGAUGAAGUUGUUAUGGUUCCUAAAGUGUUUCCCUACUAUAUAACAACAAUUAUGCCAAUGUGUCCUAGGCAGAGUAUCUACAGUGUGCUGUGGGAUGGCUCCAUUAUUCUAGUUCUUAUAAUAACAUUUCUUCUACAGAAGAAGGCUAAUUAAUUUAAUGGAGCAAUUAUAUUUAUUAUCCAGACUCCAAAUGUAAAUUCAGGAGCACCCUUUAUAUUAAAAAUCACGUGUGGGUGCUUGGAGGCACGUGUUUAUGAGCAUGCCAGACAUCUGUCUAUCUUAUUGUUAUUAUUAUUUAAAGGGUAAACCAAAUACUUUAAUUUCCUUGUGGCUUGUGACGGUAAUAAGACAUUAAAUUACUCAUAAAAGGGUCCUUGACUCUGAUCCCGUGUAACAAACAGAGUGGGUAUUUGAGGUGCUCUAUUGCCUAAGGUGCCAUAUGGGCAAUGACCAAUUAUUCCAGGUAAAUUAAUAGCAAGAUAUAUGCAAACUAGAAUUGAGAAAAAUAUUAUUUUUACAACUUUAUAUUUUCCUAAAGCAAUUAAAAUAUAACCUUUAAUAGUAUAGUUAAAAAACAAUAAGUAGGUACCCACAAAUAAAUUAUAUUCAAAAAUAAUAAUAUAUACAAGGCUAUGAAAUUAAUGUGAACACUAUAUACACAAAAUAAAGCCUAAUAUGUGGAUCUAACUUAUAGGUAAACGUACUGUGUAAUAAACUGAUACCUAUAAAUCUGACAACAGUGUAAAGCUAUUGGUAACAGCUGAUGAGCUGUGGGCGAAAUGCGCGAGUCAGGGGCCCUCGGUGAUCCUCAGUCACAGCUACCCUUUGUGUUAAGACCAGUUUUUAUUAUAUUAUUACUCUUUGGAUCACGAGGUAUAGUCCUGCUAUUAUCUGGGAGGGCGGGGAUUUUUCGGCUUAGUUCCCCCUGCCGUGGGGGCUAGCCACAAGAUAAUAUCACUGCAUGGCGACUUUGCCAGCAUCUUGACCACCGACAUUUAGAUCCUUCUAUGAUUACCUCCCAGUAUUUGUAGCAAGGUUCCAUCUAUUCAUUAGCCGAAGUAUGGUGCUGUGACAAUAUCCCCAGCACCUCUAAUAUUGGCACAUCAUUUUAUGCUGUUAUACAUACUGAGGCUUUUUUUGUUUUUGUGCAGUUAUAUAUAUUCUGUCUGCACUGGCGUACAUAACGUGGUCACAGGGGUGGGGGAGCCGCCCAGCAGCACCACUGGACCCCAGGGAAUCCCCUCAGCUCUCCCAAAGGUAUGGAGGCUGGGGGAUUAAAUUUUAAAGAAACAUGUGUGUGUGUUAGUGUUAGAGUGUGUGUGCUAGUGUUAGAGUGCGUGUGUGUUAGUUUUUGUGUGUCAGUGUGUGUGUUACUGUGUGUGUCUGCUAGUGAGUUGCAGUGAGUGUGUUAGUUUUUGUGUGUGUGUUACUGUGUGUCUGUUAUUGAGUGUGUGUCUGCUAUUGAGUGUGUCUGCUAGUGAGUGUCAGUGUGUGUGUUAGUUUGUGUGUCAGUGAGUGUGAAUAUAUGUCUGUAACUGAGUAUGUCUCUGUCAGUAAAUGUGUGUGUCUGUUAGCUAGUGUGUAUGCGUCUGUUCGUGAGAGUGUGUGUGCGUGUGUUUAAAACCCCCUUCAGCACUUACCUUUCUCCAGCGCUGGGGAUCCUUCUGCCCCGAUCCGCCUCUCAGCUCCGCAUGCGCGGCAAGAGCCGCGCGCGCAUUCAAACUGCCCAUAGGAAAGACUUACUCACUGCUUUCCUAUGGACGUCCAGAGUCUUCUCACUGUGAUUUUCACAGUGAGAAUCAUGGAAGCGCCUCUAGCGGCUCUCAGUGAGACAGCCACUAGAGGCUGGAUUAACCCUCAGCUGCAGGGUUAAAACUAGAGGGACCUGGCACCCAGACCACUUCAUUGAGCUGAAGUCAUCGGAGUGCCUAUAGUGGACCUUUAAGUGUAUGUGUAUCUGCAUGCACUGGCGUACAUACCGCGGUGACCCCUGCGACCCCUGUGUUGCGGUCUCAGCCCGUGCAGAGUAAGUGCAUGGGGGGGGGAGGGCACGGAUCAAUUUUCGCACCGGGGCCCCAUGGGUUGUGUCUGUCUGCACUACCUGUAUACAUUUCAGUGCCUCUUCUAUCAUUAGGAAGCACUUUAUAUGUGUACAAUUGACUGUGCAGCUAUACCUCUUUCUGCACAAAUUUAUAUACAUCGGGUAGUGCUCAUUUCAUUACAACUUAGCACAAAAGAUGUUAUACUGACCACUGAUGUACAGCUUUUUAUAUGCAACUAUAAUAAAGGCAUCAAUUCAUAUUAUACAUAUAUAUAUAGACUUGUUUGUUUUUUCUGAUUCCCCCUUAAAUAAAUUGCGCUAUAAUCAUCAUCAGUCACUGUGUAACAGUGAAUACCUAAUUAUACAAGAAAAAGAUAAGGAUUUUCAGUUAGAAAAUAUUACUUUAGCUGAAUCAACCAUUGUUCCAUACUAAAAUUAAAUGGAUGCCCUCUUGAGCAAUUUAAAAAUAAAAAAGAAUAAAUUAACAAAUGAAAAAAAAUCUAAAUAUUCACCUAACCAAACGUCUAUACAUGGAGCAACAAUGCAACCUCACAAUAAAGCGACUCCAGCCGCAAAAAUAUCCAUUCUGAGACUACAACACUCACAACCCCCAGCACAUGACACAAUGGAGCACAAAAAUCGGAAGCAACACCACCCAGAAAACCUUCGUCUACCAGAUAUCAGACUCUCCUUCGAUAGGCCUAUGCCACCAGCACUUUCUAAGAUGGCGCCUGAGGCCCAGAGUGACCAGGAAGCCUCAGAGGAUUCACACAAGGAGGAGGAAUUACUUACAUCUCCUUGAGCCAUUGGGGAGUACCAGUCCUCUGAGUCGGAUGAAGACUCCCCUCCUUUUACUAAAAGAGACAUCAAGAGGAUCCUGAUCGACCUGAGAAAGGUCUGGAAGGCCAGUCUUUGAGAGGCUCAGGCCGAAAUUGGAGAUAUUCACCAAAAAAUUACAGCAGUGGAAGUGAGGGAGACAGUCAGAGACAGCCAGCUCCAGGAGGCACAGAGCCAAAUCAAGGGGCUCAUCCAGCAAGUCCACCACGCCGGCGGGGGAGACCAAAUGCACAUGUGUGGCAAUGAGCUGAAGUGGUCUGGGUGCCUACAGUGUCCCUUUAAGCAACAGUGUGGUAAUGUCAAUGCACUCUUAUGAUCACAGUCACAUUGCUACAUCACUUAAAGCUACAAUGACAUUUAAAACUUGCCAUUUCAAAUGCAACACUGUAAAUUUAUACAACAUUGUACUGACUGACAAGAUUUGUAAUUAGAUUUAAAUAAUCACAUGCAGUUUGCAGUAAUGCACAACUGUUAUGACUAUUACAGUACUCUUUAAGACAGUGCACUCAAGGACAAGGUCACUGCAGUCUGAGAAAAGGAGAAACAUCUAAUUACCAGUCUUCAAGUCACUGUGACCCAUAUCAUCAAGGACAAUGAUUUGGUAGCAAUGCAAUCAUUAAUAAACACUGCACAAAUAUACAAUCUAAGUUGGAUUUGAACCAUCUCCGCUAUAAUACAUUAGUACAUUAUGGAGAUAAGGUUUUAAAUAGUAAACAAAUAAUCAAUAAAUAUAAAAAUGUCCCCUCUGAGCAUGCAUUGUAUUGUUAAAGGGACACAAUAGUCACCAAAACAUCGUUAUCUUAAUGAAGCAGUUUUGUCUCAGUUCUCUGCCAUUUAUGAGUUGAAUUACUUUGUCCAUGCAGCUAUAGUCGCACCUCCCUGCAUGUGGCUUGUAGAGCCUUUCUUUAAACACAUCUAAUGUUUAAACUUGCACAGUAUGUUUCAUUUAUAAUUUCUUACCCCCAGUUCUAUUAAUAGCCUUCUAAACACUGCAUGAUCCUCCUGUGUAUAAUUAAAGUUCAAUUUACAGAGCCAAAGAUAAAAACGUCUAAAGCAAGUUAACAUUUGAUUGAAAAUUAAACCAUUUUGUUUUCAUGCUUACUGUGUCAAUCAUAGCCAGGGAAGGUUUUACUAGGGCUAAAUAAACAGAAACAAAAGUAAUCUAACACCUAAAUGGCAGAGAACUGAGCAGUGACACUGGAAGCACCUGUAGUGGCUGCCAGAGUUACUGCCACUAGAGGUGUAACUAGCCAGCACUGUAAACACUGCCAUUUCUCCAAAAAGGCAGUGUUUACAUUAAAAAGCCUGCAGGGAGAGGACAUAGACACCAGAACCACUACAUAAAGCAUUAAUAGCAGCUGUAACUUGAGUCCCAUUCAUUUUAUUGAUUUUUUUUUUUUUUUAUGACUGGAAGAAUUCUGAGUGUGACAGUGAGAGACAGUUAGUCAGUGACACAGCUAAAAUUAAAGUAUUCCUCUUUGUCCAUUUGAAAUGUUGGGGGUAUGAUCAUAUAGGUACUUUGCCAAUUUCUUCUCAGAGCAUUUUGAUAUUCCCUCAAUCAUAAAUAAGAAAUUAAUAUUUAAAUAAAUGUGUUGAAAGAUUUAAGAUAAUUUGAGCUUGCACGUAGGAGACUAAUGCUAGAUUUAUGUUGCCAAAAGGAAGUUUAAAUAUAGGUUGAGAAGAAAUGUGUAGUUGAUACAGUAAACACAUGAUAUUCUGUGAAACCUUGCAGAAUUUGCUACAUAAUGCUUAUCCAACGAUACAUCACAUGAUAGAACCACAAACCAGAUGCCAAUCCUGCUGAUCAUUCAUUGGCUGAAAGCAUUGGUUGAGUGCACUCGCCAUUGAAUGAGUGUCUGUGCAAGGAAUAUGAACAUAAUUUACAUUUGCCAGGCCAUCAAUCUAAUUAGGCAUUGGUUAUUUACACAGCCAGAUGUGACGUUUAACUUACACAAAUAUAUAAAUGGAAAUCUAUUCACAAACAGGACUAUACACAGGACACAAGGUCACACAUUUAGACUGGAAGAAAUUAGAUUUAGUCGAAGGCAAAUGAAAUUUUUUUUACAGAAAGAACAAUAAGGAUGUGGAAGUCGCUGCCUAAAGAGGUGGUUUUAUCUGAGUCUAUACAGAUGUUUAAACAGUAAUUGGAUAAAUACUUGCAAAAACGUAAUAUUCAAGAAUAUCAUUUUUAAAUUGUGGGGUAAUAGGUUCUUAAUCCAAAAAUAAAUCUGACUGCCCUUCUGGGGUCAAGGAUUAAUUUCCCCCCCAAUUUGUUGCAGAAUUGGAAGCGCUUCAACUGGAUUUUUUGCCUUCUUUUGGAUCAACAGCAAAAAACAAAUGUGAGGAAGGCUGAACUUGAUGGACAUAUGUCUAUUUUCAGCAUCUGUAACUAUGUAACCUACGGCAGCAACAUUAAAUAAGUAUGUACACUGUUUUAGUAGUAUUUACUGAAUUAAGCCAUGAUGAUGUGGUACGGAUCAUGUUUAAGACCAGAGGGGCUGCAGAAGGAAUUCACUCUAAUCCUAUUGUGCAUAAAUAUCAGGACACUUGGCUUUCCAUGAAGCAUGCCUGCUUCAUAGCAUGAGAGAUUGCAGAUGAGGCAUUUCAAGCAUAAAUGAAUAGCGUAUAAAAUGAGUAUGCGUCAUAUGGUUUUUAAGCUUCAAGAUUCCUUUUAAUUAUAAACUGAUACCAUUGUAUGUUUUCCACUCCUGCCUGAAAUAUAAGUAAUACUUUGUAUGGAUUUUGUUUGCAUUAUAUGAUCCCAGAGAGUCAAAGCCAUAAAACAACGUCUUUUCUUGGAAACUAAGAAGUUUUGUUAUCAGGUUACUGUGAACUAUAAAUAGUAAUUAACAGCCUGGGCGCAGCACUGACACUGAUAAUCUCCUAAAACAGUGAUAUAGCUUGUAAUUAAUUUCCAUUUAUCUAUCUCUGCAACUGACCAAACUUGACAAAUGGACAUUGUGUGCUUAACAUAUAUAAAGAAAAUAAACUUUUAUUACAUUGAUAAGGUUCAACACUCAUAGCUCUACUCAGUAAGGGUGCAAAACAACAUCAUAUAGUAAUGGCAUGUUAUCUGUGUUUUUACUGGCCUGUCCACCAAUCUGUUCUGCUCAUCUCCUUUAUCUUGGUUGCGCAGCCCUCUGCCCAACAUCUGCCUGUAACUCUGUUAUUAUCUCAUCCAGCCAUUUUUCAUUUUAUGGGGCAAGUUGCUGACAGGAGACCUCAAAAGUGUCUUCCUUUAAAAUGGUUAAUCCCUGUGUUUUGGGCCAAGUCGCCCUGGCCCUCUUUUUCUACCCUAACGUUUACCCCUGUUCUUUGACGUUCUAGAUUCAGUUGUGUUUGAGUGUAAAAAAAGGUAGUAGAAAUUGACUAGGCCAAAGGUAGUGGUUAUUCCAGACUUGAAUAUACCACCCUCCUAGUGGUCAGUCAUACCUUUAAAUGACACUCCAGUGGUGUCAAGGGGCAUAACCCCAAAAUGGAAGUACUAGAAAAUGACUUUCCUGUUACUGGUCACUGAAACCAGAACCAGGACUGUCAGCUGGACAAAAUAUUAGUAAAUAAUAAAUAAUUAAAUCAAAAUUGCCAUCAAUAUGUCGGAAUAUAGAGAGGGUUCAUACGUAGAUUCAAGUGAUUAAAAUAGCCUAAAUGGCUCUUCUCCUGUCUAAAGGACUCUUAGACGUAAAGAAUCUAUUUGAGACUCAGGACUUUAAUAUAAUCAACCAUAGUAUGUCCAUGUCAACAGUAAAAGCGGUUGUGGAAUGAGCCUUUAAAUUAACUCCUGUAAUCUAGAUGGAAAAGACAAUCAGUCAAGGAGGAACUUUGAAUAGUGGCUGUAUAUAAAGUAACACUUGUAGCAAAGCCCGCUGUAUCAAAAAAGCUACAAUAAGAGUGUAGUUAAGCAAUCAGCAAUUAAGGAUAACAGCAUUUAGCUGGAUACCAAGUAACAUAUAAUAAAAGGAAAAAAGUCUACAUGAAAAUUUGUAGAUUAAUCACAAAAUAUGUCAUAAAUGAUAAAUCUUAAGUUAGUGGUUUCCUAAAUCGCUAUGGGGUACAAAGAGUAUCUGUUGCCCCCUCAAAUACAUACAAAGCCAGUCCAGAUUCCUCAAUCAAAUAGAUAGUUCCAAUCUAGAUAGCAUAUCAGGAGUGACAGGAGGAAAAGGUGAAAAAUUAGGAAAUAAUAGUGCUAAUGUGUAGAACCAUGCUUAGAGUGCUGGUUACCUACACAUCGUGAAAUAGUGCCCUAGAAGUGAAAAUCAAAAGUGAGUGAAAGUGAAGGAGAAAAACCUCCUUCAACCCGACGCGCGUUUCGGUGCUGUGAUGCACCUUCGUCAGGGGCUGAAUUCGUUAUGGACCCUAGACCUUGUUUAAAUACCCCUGGUAUUGUAACUCAACAGUUACAAUACCAGGGGUAUUUAAACAAGGUCUAGGGUCCAACAGUUACAAUACCAGGGGUAUUUAAACAAGGUCUAGGGUCCAACAGUUACAAUACCAGGGGUAUUUAAACAAGGUCUAGGGUCCAUAACGAAUUCAGCCCCUGACGAAGGUGCAUCACAGCACCGAAACGCGCGUCGGGUUGAAGGAGGUUUUUCUCCUUCACUUUCACUCACUUUUGAUUUUCACUUCUAGGGCACUAUUUCACGAUGUGUAGGUAACCAGCACUCUAAGCAUGGUUCUACACAUUAGCACUAUUAUUUCCUAAUUUUUCACCUUUUCCUCCUGUCACUCCUGAUAUGCUAUCUAGAUUGGAACUAUCUAUUUGAUUGAGGAAUCUGGACUGGCUUUGUAUGUAUUUGAGGGGGCAACAGAUACUCUUUGUACCCCAUAGCGAUUUAGGAAACCACUAACUUAAGAUUUAUCAUUUAUGACAUAUUUUGUGAUUAAUCUACGAAUUUUCAUGUAGACUUUUUUCCUUUUAUUAUAUGUUACUUGGUAUCCAGCUAAAUGCUGUUAUCCUUAAUUGCUGAUUGCUUAACUACACUCUUAUUGUAGCUUUUUUGAUACAGCGGGCUUUGCUACAAGUGUUACUUUAUAUACAGCCACUAUUCAAAGUUCCUCCUUGACUGAUUGUCUUUUCCAUCUAGAUUACAGGAGUUAAUUUAAAGGCUCAUUCCACAACCGCUUUUACUGUUGACAUGGACAUACUAUGGUUGAUUAUAUUAAAGUCCUGAGUCUCAAAUAGAUUCUUUACGUCUAAGAGUCCUUUAGACAGGAGAAGAGCCAUUUAGGCUAUUUUAAUCACUUGAAUCUACGUAUGAACCCUCUCUAUAUUCCGACAUAUUGAUGGCAAUUUUGAUUUAAUUAUUUAUUAUUUACUAAUAUUUUGUCCAGCUGACAGUCCUGGUUCUGGUUUCAGUGACCAGUAACAGGAAAGUCAUUUUCUAGUGUUUGAGUGUAAAACAGCUGUGCAACAAUAAAACUCAAAAUAAUUUAUCUUUAAACUACAACAAAAAAAAGAUUAGAAAUGAAUCUGUUUAAAUAAGAUACGUCAAUCUUGUAGUAAAGAUGUCUGCAGUUACAUAAAUGGUUAUUACCACUGGUCAUAUCUACAACCACAACCCCAAGAAAGCUCCCCUCACUGUCCUGUUGCAAGAUAACAGACAGGUCUAUAGAUUAAGUGGUUUGCACGUGUGGCUGGUUUUAGCAGUGUUGGUAAACGGAAGAUAUCUUUCCAGCUUGCUCACAAUUUUUUAUGCACAUAUUCCAUGAAAAGUGGGAACCUCAAAGCACCAUCAUUCCUGCAUCAGAGAGACCCAGACUAGUUGCCAGCCCAACUUAAAUGGAGGGCUCCAGUGUAAUGGAGGGCUCCAGUGUCCUCCUGGCACCAUAAACACUACAGUGGGUGGCCGUAAUUAUGGUGCUAGGAGUGUAACUUUAAUAUGGGUUUGUCGCUUGCCCUUUUCCACUCUCCUGGUAUCUGGCUUUGAACCACUCUUUGAUUUGAGAUGUUUUCUGAUAUGUGCUUAUCUGAGGUUAAACUAGAAAUUGUGAAGAUAAUGCAACUUUCAGGUCAUUUAGGUCAUGCAGUUUCCCUGUCAAUGCUCUAAAAUUCCUGGUUUAUUAAAUUACCCUGUUAAUAUGUAUGAGGAAUAAAGUUUAUUGCGGAGGAAUCUUUAUUAGUAUCAUUCCACGUUAGAAUGACGUUUAGCAUUAGAGUUGCUGUGCAAACCGACAAUAUUAUAAGACUGCCAGGAAAAUGGUAGCAUACGAGUCCUCAAUUAAAUCCAUGUUUUGAAGCAAAGGAAAAUAUACCUUAAAUUAAUUGCUUAAAUAUAUAUUAUACUGGAUUAAUUAGAGAGACUAAUGUGCCCAUGGAUACUAUGUGACAUUUUAAUGUUACAUUAGGUUUAGAAUGGUUGUAUUUGCCUGUGUACAUUGUUUUCUAUAGCUGUGCCCACCAUUGUCAGGUGUAUUGUGUGCCGUUCAACAUUCAAUUAUGUGGUUAGGCUGGUUUUUCAAGCUGACUUGUGCCUGUGACUGUGUGGGUUGUUUAUCUUGAUUAUAGAGAUACGUAAUGUGCAUGGGUCAUCUUAAAAGGAAAGUGAUCUGAGUUUUGGUAAUGCUUGCAACUACUAAGAGAGAAAGGUAUCUAUGGCUUGGUUUCGGCAUAUCGAGUUAUACAGGAUUUUUAGUUUUAAGUCCUAACCUAUACAAUAUGAACUUAUUCACAGCCUCUCAGGAAACCCUUUAUGGAGUCCUGGGAUAUGUUAAAGCUUUUUAGUGAUUAUAUAGCUAAUUAUAAAGCUUUAUAACUAUAAAUAUAGCGAUUAAGCUUUAUAGCUAAAUAUAAUAUUCAUUAUUAUUAUUAUGCAGUGAGGUAGUCAUAUUAAAUAUCUUCCACUAAAUUCCAUGCUAUCCUGAACCCUGUAGUGACUAUUUAAUGACUCUCGAUCGAUAAGCAGUAAUGGAGAGUUUAAUAGUUUACUAUUUAAAGGGACACGAUGGAGUUAUGGUGUCUUUCAGUGCAGUCCCUCUGGUACACACAAAGCCUGGACCCUCUGCUGCUGCCAUUAUAAUUAUUCAUUUAAUAAGCAUUUGGGGAAAAAGGAUGUCUGAUGUGCGAUGCCCAACUUUGAAAAUGAAGAUGGAUAAGCAUGCCCAACACAUUUCAUUUGAUUACAUAUACACAAGGAAUUUUAUUAUUUUCUAAAAAGGUGAUCAUUUGAUAUUCCUUUAUCCUGUCUGUGGUCCUCUGUAUCUUUGUGUCUCCCCUUCUCCGAUCCUUCUUAUUGAACUUGCAUCCAACAAAUGGCUCAUACCUAUUCUUCUACCCUAUAAGAUGUGUGUAAAGGGGGAUAUAUAGCGUCAGAGGAUGCCGUUUAAUAUACAGCCAGAGGAUGCCCACUUCCUCUGACCCUAAUAUCAGUACUUAAGAGAGCCAGAGGAUACCCAAUGCCCUGGCUCAUUAAUCUAUUGCUAAUUGGGCCAGAGGAUACCCAGUCCCUCUAACUUUAGCUAUUAAAGAGGGUUUAGUCAAGUGGCCCCAAAAUAUAUAGGACUACAUAACUGCUAAUGCACUAGUCCAUGAAGGGACACUAAAGGCAUCAAAACAACUUUAGCUUAAAUAAGCAGUUUUGGUGUAUAGAUCAUGCCUCUGCAGUCUCACUGCUCAAUUCACUGCCCAUCAGAAAUUACAUCACUUUUGUUUCUGUUUAUGCAGCCCUAGCCUAUCCUGUGACUGACACUGCCUGCAUGAAAAACAAUGGUUUUUAUUUUCAAUCAGAUGUUAACUGACUUCAGAAGUUUUUAUCUCCAGCUCUGUAAAUUUAACUUUAAUCACACAUAGGAGUCUCCUGCAGUGCCUAGUAGGCUAUUAACAGAGCAGAAGAUAGGACAUUAUAAAUUAAAUAGAAUGCGCAAUAAAAGAAGUUUAAACAUUAGACGACCGUUUACAGGAAGAGUGACAUGCAGGAGCAUGAUAUAUACACCAAAACAGCUUCAUUAAGCUAAAUUUGUUUUGGUGACGAUUGCCUGCAUGUCCUUUUCUUCUAAUGUGGACUACUUUGCUUACAGCAGUUCAACUCACUCUCAUACAGAGAAUAUUGCAGACAUGCAUGAUAAUGUAAUUAUGGUGGCAAUAAUGUAAAGGGGUAUGACUGUAUGCCAAGCUGACCAGCAGCCACACUGACCAGCCUCCCUCUUGAAGCAUUCUUGCCUAGGUUCAGUGUCCUGAAUUUACUUUUUGUUACACAAACACAUUUGCUGAUGGCUACACUCAGGAUGUUACCAUUUCUGGGACUGUUGUGAGAUGUGCAUAUAAGCAAUGUGAUGUAUUGUAUACAUAUGUAUAUGUAAUAAUUUAAUGCCUGCAGAUUCCUCUUUGUUGGCCAGUAAUGGCCAGUUAUAACAAGCUUUUGAUUCAAUCAUUCACAAACCCACUUAAUAAUACACCUGUACAGUGCCAUCCGAUGACCUCAUCUAGGCCGAAAUAGUAAAACAUGAACUAUAUGCUUCCGGUUUGGCUAUAUUAGCCUAAAAUGUUUAGUUCUCAACAGUCCACAUUUCAGUAAAUAGGCCUUUAAGUGUCACAAAAUGUAUGGCACACUGUGGUGGGAAGACUAUAGUUAAAUAGUUGUUUUGGCCAGGUUACCACACGCCUAGUAGAACACUCUACUUAGGGUAUAUUUUUCAUACAGAUGAAUGUGACUGCUUUGGUACUUUUUACUCUUAUUCUAGUACUGCUAAGUGAUCCUUAAUUAGUAACAACUCUAUUGCACGUUUGCUGUUUUAUUGGUGGGGAAUGUUCUAAAAUUUGGAGAUUUGUGAGGAAAAAAAUGGUUGAUAAAAUGUUGAUUAUAUAAAAUGAUGAUUAUCUGAAAUGCUUAUUUGUAUAUAUGUAUUUUUUCUUUCAGAACCUGUCAUGCACAGUCAAUAGUAAGUAGUGCAUUACAUUUUACUUUUUUUCUAAAACUUGUUUCACUGCCUUGAUUAAUUAUGAUUAAUUAAUUAAUUUUAAAUUCCAUUCUGUCUGCCUCAUAAUUUCAGACACAAGGGCAAAGAACGUUAGUUUAGAAAUCAUGUUAUUCUGUUAAACAAAUGUCCCAAUAUUAAUCAUCCUAUGUGCCCUAAGGAUAAUUUUCAGAAGAUAUUCUAGAUCAAAUUGUAACAUAUGUUUAUUUAUUUUAUUUAUUUAUUUUUAAUUCUUUAUUUUUAUAGUGCUUUGCAAGUUUCACAUAUAAACAAAGACAGUGCAAAAGGUAUCACAGAAAAUAUUCGCUGGUAGAGUACAUGACAUGUCUGAUGAACUACACUUUUUUUAGAUUAUAAUAUCAAGAUGUUCUUGCUUAGACCUACAUAGGGUAGGGUAAAUGAUGGUAGAUUGUUAAUCACAAGCUAAACAUGCUGAGAGAGGUAAUAAGACUCAUGGAGGCUUAAGUAAUGCAAGAGGAAGAGAGUUGCUUAGAAUUCAAUGAAGAAGAACUCAUAUAGCAUGUUAUAAGCUUGUACAUGUAAGUUAAACUAAAAUAUGAACUGGACACAUGUAGGAGGUAAUUAUCAGAGCCUUAAGUUUCUGCCAAUGGUGAUAAUGUCCCAUGAGAUGUAAAAUGUGGAGACAGGACCCCUGGACUACAUGGCUAUGGAAUUAAUCCCUGUCAGCCUAUGCCCACCGGCUAUGCAGAACUGUCCAGCAUGGAGGUAACUUGCCAGGGAGCGACACGCUCGCUUGAUGAGGAGAUGUCUGGCCACUGGUAGCAUGAGGGGUGGCUCAGUGGCUGUGGUCGUCUCUUGAUGCAGCUUAGUACAGACGCUGGUAUAAUGGGACUAGCCUUUCCACUGCAGCGGCGGUCAGGACAUCGGUCCACACCUCGAUUUCUCAGGUGGUAGUGUGGUUUGCAUGGCUUACAAUUGUUAGAUCUGCUGUGUUUUCCUGCGGUGGUAUAUGCUGCUUGUAGUCCUGCGGACGGAGCUGCUUGCAGGUAGGCAAAGUUGCAGUUCUCAGCUUUGGUCGCGUCACCGCCAUUUUGGCGCCCACGCAUGGGACACACAGUGCCCUGCAGGCUCGUUGGGCCAGUAUUAGGUGGUGAUUCCCUCCAAUGAGGACUGGGAUAAUCCCCCCGGUCCAUUGGGGGGAGCGGGACCCACAAGACCCGUCACUGGACUGCUGCACGGCUGCCAGGUUCCGAAACAGGACGGCGGCCAUCCGCCCCGCUCUACACCCACAUAGGCCGCAGGCCACAAAGCCUCACAUCACCCCCUGGGACUGCAAAACUCCCGAUCCCGGGGACCGUGGUGGCACCGGCAACUACCUGGACAUGAGAAGUAGAAUCUUGACUCCAAGGCAGGCUGUAAACUUAGUAUUUUUGUCAAAAUAGACCAAAUCCUACAGGAGCCUCUCCAGCCUGCGACCGGGUACAGGAGCCUCUCCAGCCUGCGACCGGGCAGCAUGGCGGUCGGGCCCUGCCCCCAUGUUUAUUUCUUUUUUUUAAAUAGCUAUGUUUUUGUAUCUUUAAGGAUUAUUGAAAAUUUUAAUGUUACUUUUUUUAAAAAUAGAUUAUUUUCUAGAUUUCUACUGUGCUUUAUUGAAGCACAAGUAAAUGAUAUGUAAAUAUAGUCAUAUGGAGGUUGUAAAUGUUUUGUGAUACAUCUUCAACAGAGUCACUAUAGCAAUUUAGUUUUAUGGUUAUGUGAAUCUAUUAAAAAAGGUUAUAGCUUAUACAGACUCUAACGACUUACAUUGUAGAAGGUCAGUCACCAAGCAGCAUUGGCGUUUAUUUCUGCUAACGUUAAUGAGUUAUGUCAAAAGGCUAUUUGCUAGUUGACAUCAAAAGGCUAUAUACUAGCUGACGUCAAAAGGCUAUAUACUAACUGACGUCAAAAGGCUAUAUACCAGCUGACAUCAAAAGGCUAUUUAGUAGCUGUUGUAUUUAUGCAGUUUCACUCGAAAAAUGUGGGUGGUGGAGCAAAAACACCAAUUAAAAAGCAUUGAACCUGGGGGCACAGCCUGACUUCCACACUGAGUGGACGUGUGCUGGGCGAGCCCCCGAGCUCAGAACAGGUUUUGGAGAAAUAAAUCCAGUCAGCCAUCUAAUCUUACCACAGGAGAAUACUCAGCUAACAGAGGACAAUACAACAUUUCCCACUUUUCUUGCCCGGAUUGCCCGUAUCAAGAUUCUUGCAGGCGGGGCUGGUGCGGGAGAGGCGGCUGCUCCCCUGACGCCAUACCAACUGAUCAAACAUAGUGUAGUUGCUCCCCCCCCAUACCUUUGGAGGUCGUUAUCCUGGUCAUAGGAAUCCAAUAAACACUUCCAGAUACUUACUGAUCCGACAGGCCCACGUGACUCCCACUAUGUCGGAGGCAGAAACCAGAGACACAUGAGCGAUGUCUAUUACAACAGUAUUGUCCAGGCAUGGCAACAUCUUUGCAGAAUUCCUGCCUCGUAUAGUAGCUAGGAAGCGAGGAGCACAGUCUAUUCCACAGUCUACCUGUGAAGCAGAGAAGAAACCUACCUAUGUGAUCGGUGAUGACACUAUGAUGUGGACUGUUGCAAAACCAACUAAUCAGCUGAAAUCUCUCCAAAAGGUGGAGAUGCAGGCGAACUUCACUUUGAUACACAUUUGAGUUUCGAAUCUGUGUCAGGCUGAGCCUUUGGGGGUUUGGAGUUGGGCCCGGAGACGCCUUUUACUCUGUUUCUCAAGCUUGUGGCUGGUACUUUUGGGAGACUUCGUGAAAUCUAGAUGCAGUACCAGAACAGGCCACAUCGAGCUAUGAAUUAGCGUGGGACUACCUGGCAAGGGGUCAUCCUGCAGAUUGGCAAUCGGGUGAGACAGUAUCCUGUGCCAGCACUAUGUGCAGUAUGGAUCUUUUGUUUCAUUUUGAUAUAUUUUUCCAAAGUGAACUCCUGUAUUCUAUCUUCUUUCUUUAUUCACUUGCAUUGCUACCCGACUCUGUAUUCAAUCUGUCACAUUAGAAACAUUUUCCGUUUUUGCUAAAUGUAUAUUAUGACCAUUAUGUUGCACAUUUGAAUGCGAUGCAUUACUGUUUUCUUUAAUGUUUAUUUAAAAAAUAUCUCACAAUUACAAUUCUCAUGCAUGUAUAUUUGUCCCCUAUGAUGUUACUGAAAAAGUGUUGCGAUAUAUAUGUCUUAACACCAUUGUGAUGUGAGAAAAAAAAUAUUUUCAAAAAUGAAGCAUGGAAACUGCAAUGCCGUUAGAAAUUCACUAGUUGGCACAAAUCGGGGUACAUGUUAUUCCUACUGAAAAUAGCAUUAAUCAAAUAAGGCCUGAUGAGUGCCCCCACCUUUGCCUCAGCCCCAGAAAGUAGUGAGGUCCCAGAGCCUAAUAGCCGGUAAAAUACCCAACUUAACCAUUCAUGUCUAGAAAAUGACAUUCCUGUGGUCAAAAAUGCUCCACAAAAUAAGCUUCCUUUUGCUUGGGCCCACCAAUGAACCCUUUAUGCUUGCCCUUCACCCCGUGAUGCCCCCAUGGCCCCAUGUAGCUCUACCUUUUGCAGGACUGCAAUGCCCUGCCAUCUACUGGCAUUCUAUGGCACUCUCCCUUAACCUCAGUGAUUCCCCCAACAGCUAACAUCAUGACUAAUAGUCCCGCUGCCAUGCAAAAUAUACUUACUUUUAAUAUACAGUUAAAAAAUAUGCAAGAAAAAAAGGAAUUAAAAUAUAAAUAAGAAAAUAUACUUGGAAGCAAGGUUUGUAGGACAAAAAGUUUACCCUAUAAACUCAGGCUGACUUCUCUUUUGCACCUCCUUUGCUGCGCAAGAGCCAGGGAUGUAGCCUUACAGCUGCAGCAAGUUUUACAAAUUGCUGCAAUUCUAAGCCAGUUUCAGCAGGGAGAGGGGGUACAGUGCACUCUCUGCAUUUUAACCUUUGCACUGUAACCUCAUACUUUCUUUGCAACGACAUAGAGUUGUUGCGGUGCCUAGAGCUUCUUAACGCAUAUCAGCCUGGAGUAUGUGUUCUUGGGGAGUCUGUACGGUUGUACCUCUAGGUUAUUGAGAGUUGAAGCCUGGAGGAGAAUACUUCUGAAGCAGUUGUGUGAGUGACUCUCAAAAAUAUUGCCAAACAUGGGGGAAAAAUAGACCCUCAUGAAGUCCGUUUUCACAACAAAGGAAUCUAGGAAUCAGGUGAGUUUUAAAUGUUGUGAUCCUCUGAAAUUUUUGCUAUAUGUUCCUGACACCUUGAGGUCCUAAAACCCUUUCUUUGUUUUCCAUUGUGGCGGCCUAGAGAAAAAAAAAGGACCAUGCUUUCAAUAUAUUCUUUUGGCCAAAAUGUUUUGUUUUUGUGCAAUCACACAGGACUCCAGGAAUUAAAAUCCACAACUCCCUUAUAAAACCAUAGAGAUAUCUGUUAUUAUUGUGUCAUCACAUUAUGUGUCUGUGAAUAAAAAAAUAAUAUAAAAAAACACAAAAUAAAGUGCAUGGUAGAUGAUUUUCACCUUUUGGUGUCCCUUAUAGAUGUUUUGUGCAUGCAUGGAGACAAGGAAGAAGCAAAUCAACCAGUAAUGAUAAUUGGCAAUAUGUCAUCGCAGACCGUGCUGCGCUGCAUUGACGAUAGAUGCAUGCCAUGUGUUAAAGUAGAGAUAGACAUAUACGUUGACUUUUCAGCAGGUAUUGUAAAUUGACUGAUAUUGUGUGAUGAUAGCCUGUUGAAUGCUCUAUGAUUGAAAUAGUUGUGGGGAAUAUUGAGAUAUAGAAAGAAGGUAGAAUGUUCAUUGAGCAGCCCAACAGUACAUAUGGUUUAAGGGACUUACCAUAAAGAGAUAAGCACGUUGUUGCAAUGUGAUGUCAGUUAAAUCAUGAUUAUGGCUGAAUACACCAAGGGGCUUAUCGAACUUGUAAAAUAAAUAUAUUUGCUCUAUAACCGAUAAUCCACAACCUUCCAACUUGGGUUUGACUUCCCCAGCUUUCAAAAUGAAUCCAUGCAGUUUGAGACACAAACUUUUUCUAGUCAGAGGUAAGAGUGAAUUUGAAAAAUUUUCAUGUGUCACAUAAGAUUUAGGGACAGAUUAACAUAGAGGCUAUUGGAGCUGAAGCUCCAGGCCCAUCUUUCAAACUUUGACCUGAAGCAUCAAAAAAGAGGCAAAGCAAUCAGUUCCGGGGCAUACAGUGUGAAUUUCUACAUUUCAGUUUAAUUUGCAGACUUCACAAACACAUAUUUUUAAAAUAUAGGCUAAAAGUAAAUAUAAUAUUAAAACCCCCCGGGGAGUGACAGUUCUUCUUUAAUGUAGAGCUAUAAGAUUAAGGUUGCCAUUAUAUAAGAAAUUGCCAAAAAAGGGUCUGGUUAUGGGUAAUAUUAGCUGCCAUUUUUAGAUUAUUAUAUCACAUUAUGUUUAAGAACGUAAUCUAAAAUAGGAAAUAUGGGACAUGUAAAAUUAUUUAUAUGAAAAUGUGUAUUAUUUUUCAUUAGCAGCCUUGCCAUUAAAGUGAAAAUGCAUUCAUAAAAAAAAAAAAAAAAUAUGAAAAAGCUUAAUAUAAAAGACAAAUAACAGAUAUGUUUGUUUGCUGAACAGAUUAGAAUUAGAGAGUUUAAAUCACAGUUUCGUAUGAGUUGGAUUCUGUUGGCUUUUGUUUGUCGUCUGAUCAGUUGGAAUGGCAGCAAUGCUUAUAUAGUGAACUGCAGUGAUUACUUCUUGUAAAAUGUUAUAUUAUGGUUUUACAGUAUGGUUUGUAUAUAUAAUUGUAGGAAAUGUGAUAGAGGAUUGCGAUGAUUACAAUGAGUGUUAUGAUGAUAUCGAUGGUUUCUUAACUUGUGAUUAUCUGGAUGAAAUCUCUGAGGAGGACAGCAACAAUAAGUCUAAUGAAGUCUCGGAUGAAACACCAGGUAAAAUAGUUGCAGAUGGCAAGUAUAUCUUUUUAACCAAAGGAAUUAUAACAUUAUAUGUAUUUGUAAAUGUGUGUGUUCUACUUGGUUUUUACAUUUUAAAAAAUUCAUGUCAAAUGGAUUGUUUAAUAUAAUUCUAUAGGAUGAUAUCAUUCUUGCAAAUAAAGAGAAAAACAGAGCAAAUUUGAGAUUGUAUAUUUAGCCAGCGAUAGUAUUUAAUCAGGAGUUGUGAAUCGACGUUGUCCACAAGCAUGUUGUGUCUCUUUGCCCCUUUGUGGUCUUAUCAUUUUGACCACAUAGAAAAUAUUUAUUUCAAAUUUAAAAGAAAAAUUACUCUGGUUGUAAAUCGUCUAAUUCAGUUGUUUGUAUAUUUAUUUACAGAACUUUCCCUCUGUGCCCACGUGUAUAUAGAUUCUAUACAACAUUGUGUUUGGGUGAAGGUCUCUAUACCCUUCUCUUCAAUACCUCUCAAACCGGAAGAGAACAUCGUGAAACUGGUAAGUAACCAAUUAGUUCUAGCGCAGUGAUGGCCAUUAUGAUCUGAAGAAAAUAUGUGCUUAUCAAAUUAUUUCACUUGGUAUUAUAUUCUAUAAUGUAUAGAUUUGAUAUUAUUAUUAUGCAACUAUGGAGGGAACUCCUCACCCUUUUAAUCUUUUUAUUUUUACCCUCACUCUUUCCUGUUUCCAUUUUCUUUUUUAUUGGUUACCCAUAUUCUUUCGUGUCAUAUUGUUAUGUUUCUAUUUAGUAUAGUUUGAAAUAUGUUUUUGAAAAAAUUGUUCAAUGAAAACCUUUAGGGAAAAAAAAGUUUGCAGCGCAUUAAAGAUAAUAUCCAUCUAAUUUUAAAUUUCAAUUGACCUUCUAAGACAUUUUUGUGUAGCACAAAGUAAAGACAUAGGCCUCGAUUUAAUACGCUUUCCAAAUGACUCCAUGAUAUUGUUAGAAAAAGUUUCCAAAAUGGUUUAUCAAGAGACUUUACCAUUAAUGUAUAUGGGAAUUUUUGGAGAUAAAUUAUUGGAACAUUUUUAUAACCGUAUCGAAUUAUUUGCAAUGCCUAGGCCUUAAUUUAAUAUUGUAGUAAAAGCUUUCCAAAUGAUUUAAUAUUUUUGGAUACACUUUUAAAAUCCAUUAAUAUGAUGAAAAAUAGUUACAUUUUGUAAUAAUUAGAUUUUUAAUAUUUAUAUCAAUAUAUUUAUUUUAUAUAUGAUAUAUUUUUGAUAUUUUUAAUAUGUUGAAAAUUUAAAAAAAAAAAAAGUUUAUUGAAAAGUGUGAAAUCAUUUAGAAAGCUUAUCCAAUAAUAUUAAAUCAAUAUAUACUCAAGUCAAAAAUCUUCCUUACAUUAUCCACAUAUAUCAAAUAUUAAAGCACCACAACCAUUUUAGCUUGAGCAGACUGCCAACUGCAACUGAUACUCUGCAGGCAGCUGCCCAUUGUCUAGUUUGCUGAACACUGAACUAAGUUAUGGGAAAACUGGAUGGCUGAUAUCAGGUUACAUAGUUACAAAGUUAUAUAGGCUGAAAGGAGACAAAUGUCCAUCAAGUUCAGCCUUCCUCACAUUUUUUUUUUUUUUUUUGCUGUUGAUCCAAAAGAAGGCAAAAGAAAACCCCAGUUUGAAGCACUUCCAAUUUUGCAACAAACUGGGAAACAAAAUCCUUCUUGAACCUAGAAUGGCAGUCAGAUUUAUCCUUGGAUCAAGCGGUUAUUAACCUACAUUGAAAGAUUAUAUCCUUGAAUAUUCUGUUUUUUGCAAGGAUGCAUCUAGUUGCUGUUUAAACAUCUGUUCAAACGCUGAUAAAACCACUUCUUCAGGCAGAGAAUUCAACAUCCUUAUUGUUCUUACAGUAACAAAAACCUUUCAUUUGCAUUAGACCAAAUCUUCUUUCUUCCAGUCUAAACUAAUGACCUCAUGUCCUAUGUAUAGUAAAAGGUUAAAGAGCAGUUCCACUAUUCUUAAGUGAUCAUUUCCCUUUCCGCAGAUAAACUACUUAUCUCAAAAGCCUCUGUUGUGCAGAUGUAUUUGGGAGAGCAGUCUUUGCAGAGGGGGUCUUACUUCAACUGAAGGCUAGCCUAUUAACCCCUUAAGGACACAUGACAUGUGUGAGAUGUCAUGAUUCCCUUUUAUUCCAGAAGUUUGGUCCUUAAGGGGUUAAAUAGGGCAUCAGGGUAUUUUUAAAGGACCACUAUAGUGCCAGGAAAACAUACUCGUUUUCCUGGCACUAUAGUGCCCUGAGGGUGCCCCCACCCUCAGGGUCCCCCUCCCGCCCGGCUCUGGAAGGGGAAAGGGGUAAAAACUUACCUUUUUCCAGCGCUGGGCGGAGAGCUCUCCUCCUCCUCUCCGCCUCCGUUACGCCCCGCCGGCUGAAUGCGCACGCGCGGCAAGAGCUGCGCGCGCAUUCAGCCGGUCUCAUAGGAAAGCAUUUACAAUGCUUUCCUAUGGACGCUGGCGUGCUCUCACUGUGAUUUUCACAGUGAGAAGCACGCAAGCGCCUCUAGUGGCUGUCAAUGAGACAGCCACUAGAGGAUUAGGGGGAAGGCUUAACCCAUUCAUAAUUAUAGCAGUUUCUCUGAAACUGCUAUAAUUAUGAAAAAAUGGGUUAACCCUAGAAGGACCUGGCACCCAGACCACUUCAUUAAGUUGAAGUGGUCUGGGUGCCUAGAGUGGUCCUUUAAAGGUAAUAAUGCAUUAAACAAAUAUGGGGAUCAAUUAUACUGCAUUGUUUCCCUUUAAGAACAAGCUUAUAAGGGCAUUGGGGUGAGUUUGAAGGAAGCCUGUCCUGUGAAUGACAUGUAAAUAAAUAGAUUGUAAUUCCUCUUAGACAUAUUACAAUAUUUGUUGAUGCAAAUAUUUAGUGUUUUUUCUCACAGAUUAUUCUUUAACCGGGUUGGUAUGUUAAGCAUCAAGGAAGUUAAAUGAAGGUAUAGUGUAAUAAUAACACGAUUAAAGGUUUAGAGCUCUGAUUAACUGGUUUUAAAAAAAAUCACAGAAAUGUUAUGCAUUUCAAGAGGAAUAUUACUGCAUUGGGUGCAGAAUACAUUAUUCACUGGCUUAGAAUAGAUUCCGUUACGACCAAGUUCCAGCAAGGAUCCAGUUGUAAGAAAUCUGAGCAAGCUGCCAAUCAAAUCUAUGAGGAUUCUACAAUGCCAAAAAGUAGCCUGCAAGUCCCAGUUCAGGGAAUAACCAUGUUAGUUUUUGUGAUAAAUCCUCAUCAUAUGUGCAUGAAAUACAUGGAAGAAAUUGCAGUUGCAAUUUUGAUGGAUUUUGCAAGACACAGAAAAAGUUGGCUAUACCUUUUUAAAUGACGCUGAUGAUCUUUUAGAUACUAGUUCCCCUUUAUUUUAUCUGAAUGAAUAUAAGGAACCAGGAUUAUAUGGUAUACCAUUGGAAGGUAUGUCACACAGCUUGUAGGGACAUAAAAGUCUCAAUUUUAUGUUGGCAAAUACAGUAGGCAAGUAUCAAUACUUGUCAAUAUAGUCAACACGUAAUUUUUUUUUAACAAGUAUAUAUUUGUGAAAAAAAAUGAAUUUCUUUUCUGCAGGGAACUCUUAUGUUCAGUUGCUUUAAUGCAUCUCCUGAAAGUGAUGUGAACCUAACAGCUUACACUGUGCCAAGAUAUCAGGAUCCCUUAAUCAGCAUGCAUCCCGUGACAGGUAAGUGUUGGUUUCAUGAUGGUGUCUUCUUCUUCUUUGCUAACCUUUGCCUUCCGUAUGUCACAACUCCCAGAAGAUUAUAAACUAACAAAAUCUAAGCAUUUAGGACUCAAAGGGUUUUGUUUUUGAUACAGCAUUACCAAAUGCAAGAGGAGAUGACAGGUACACUCCUCCAGCUUUCACCUGCCUCUCUUCCAUACUAUUUUGAUAUUUGGAGAAAGGUGAUCAGUAACUACAGUCUUUACUCCAAGUAUGGUCUCAGAAGGCACAGAUCUUUGCUAGUGGAAGUGGAGCAGAUCCAAGUGUCCCGAUUUAGGAGGUAAAGUCCCUAUUUAAAACUAAAUCCAUUAGUCCCCCUCUACCUCUUUUCUAGAAGCUCCAUACUGUUGGUGCAUCUGAUUGUAAAACAGAGCUCCGCAGCAAUAAUACUCCCAAUAAUGUGUUUUUAAACUACAAUAAAUGUAGUUAGAGAUCAGUCUGCGUAAAUAAGAUACAUUGUUUUACUCUAAAUUACAUAUUAGGUGUAUAAUUUGUUAUUAGUACGUCUCCUAGAAUUUCUCAGAACAGCCAUGCCCCUGGCCAGCCCCCCGAAAUUAAUGUCCCUCUGUGAAUUGGUCAUGUUGGGAGGUAUGCUUAAAAUGCUCUUUCACCUGUACACUAAUAUGUACCAACACCUCGAUUUAAUUGACACAAAGAAUAAAGGAGCAUGCUUAUGACAAUUAAAGAUUUUGGGUCCUCAAGCAACCUUGGGUCCCGAAUCUUAACUGUUUAGUGAAUAAGCCGUCAGUUGUUAUGAAGUAGAUAUUGGAGAAUUGUCAAGGCAUUGAACAUUUUAGGCCUGAAAUAGCUAAACUGGAAAAUAGUAGUGAAGAGUUGUAGACUACUCCAUUUAAUAUUUGUUAUAUAUAUGGCUCCCUAGCCAGCCCAUGACAGUACUGCCAUGGGGGGCCCUCGAUUGUCAUGAGUCCAUGGCCAAAGUGCCAAGGGCCUAGUCCGCCACUGGCUGGUGAUCUCCUUUGUCCUUCUGUGGAUUCAUUUCAAUUAAAGUGUAGAUUUGUGUACAUUUUGUUGAAACGUAAAACACUUUUAUUUUUAAACCUAUUAGAUUUUUAGGUAACACAUGCAGAACAUACAGUAUUGUAUGACAAUAUUUUACGAUACAGGUUAUUUAUUUAUUGCACCUUUGAUAUAAUUAUUAUUUUAUUAUUUAUAUAGCGCUAUCAGAUUCCGUAGCGCUGUACAAUGGGUAUUGAUAUUGAUAUUGUGUAUAUUAUCCCAACAGGGUGCAAGGAGCUGCGUUUUAUAGAGGAAGUGAAGGAAUGUGGAGGUAAUAUUAGCAACAUACAAGACAUUAUGGAAUGUGACAUUUAAUGUUAACUAGAAAACUGAUGUACGUGAAACCAUAAUUACAGUAGUGCAUCUUGGAAUCAGACAUCUAAAUUCUAUCUUCCUUAAUCUCUUUUGUUGUUGUUGCAGUGCCUAGUAUGUAUGUUUCCACCGACAGGAAUUUCUCAGUAGGCAUAAGGAAUGGAUCAAGCAGCCGUUCCUACGAAUUAAUGGUUUCUCACAAUAUUACAACUAUAAGAAAAAGAUUGGUGAGUUUUUUGUUUUUUUUUUAUUUCCAGCUCUAACGAAUGAGGCUUUUGUACCAUUACAUGUCAAUUACAAAUGAACAAUACAAAUAAAUAUAUACAUAAUACAUGCAUAAAACACUGAUUUUCUUUCCAGUUCAGUCUCAAAUGGAUCUUUCCAGUGAUUAGUCAUAUUAUGUGGAUGAGUAAUUAACAGACAGCUCAUUUGUAGAAUAACUAGUUGUUAUCCCAGAUUGAAUAAAUGUAAUCUGUCAUCCACUUUAUCCCAUCUUAAAUAUCUGUAGUCUGUCACCCAGUUUAUCCCAGAUUGAAUAUCUGUAGUCUGUCAUCCAGUUUAUCCCAGAUUGAAUAUCUGGAGUCUGUCAUCCAGUUUAUCCCGGAUUGAAUAUCUGUAGUCUGUCAUCCAGUUUAUCCCAGAUUGAAUAUCUGUAGUCUGUCAUCCAGUUUAUCCCAGAUUGAAUAUCUGUAGUCUGUCAUCCAGUUUAUCCCAGAUUGAAUAUCUGUAGUCUGUCAUCCAGUUUAUCCCAGAUUGAAUAUCUGUAGUCUGUCAUCCAGUUUAUCCCGGAUUGAAUAUCUGUAGUCUGUCAUCCAGUCCCAGAUUGAAUAUCUGUAGUCUGUCCAGUGUAUCCCAGAUUGAAUAUCUGUAGUCUGUCACCCAGUUUAUCCCAGAUUGAAUAUCUGUAGUCUGUCAUCCAGUUUAUCCCAGAUUGAAUAUCUGGAGUCUGUCAUCCAGUUUAUCCCAGAUUGAAUAUCUGUAGUCUGUCAUCCAGUUUAUCCCAGAUUGAAUAUCUGUAGUCUGUCAUCCAGUUUAUCCCAGAUUGAAUAUCUGUAGUCUGUCAUCCAGUUUAUCCCAGAUUGAAUAUCUGUAGUCUGUCACCCAGUGUAUCCCAGAUUGAAUAUCUGUAGUCUGUCAUCCAGUUUAUCCCAGAUUGAAUAUCUGUAGUCUGUCAUCCAGUUUAUCCCAGAUUGAAUAUCUGUAGUCUGUCAUCCAGUUUAUCCCAGAUUGAAUAUCUGGAGUCUGUCAUCCAGUUUAUCCCAGAUUGAAUAUCUGUAGUCUGUCAUCCAAUUUAUCCCAGAUUGAAUAUCUGUAGUCUGUCACCCAGUGUAUCCCAGAUUGAAUAUCUGUAGUCUGUCACCCAGUUUAUCCCAGAUUGAAUAUCUGUAGUCUGUCACCCAGUUUAUCCCAGAUUGAAUAUCUGUAGUCUGUCAUCCAGUUUAUCCCAGAUUGAAUAUCUGUAGUCUGUCAUCCAGUUUAUCCCAGAUUGAAUAUCUGUAGUCUGUCAUCCAGUUUAUCCCAGAUUGAAUAUCUGUAGUCUGUCAUCCAGUUUAUCCCAGAUUGAAUAUCUGUAGUCUGUCAUCCAGUUUAUCCCAGAUUGAAUAUCUGUAGUCUGUCAUCCAGUUUAUCCCGGAUUGAAUAUCUGUAGUCUGUCAUCCAGUUUAUCCCGGAUUGAAUAUCUGUAGUCUGUCAUCCAGUUUAUCCCGGAUUGAAUAUCUGUAGUCUGUCAUCCAGUUUAUCCCGGAUUGAAUAUCUGUAGUCUGUCAUCCAGUUUAUCCCGGAUUGAAUAUCUGUAGUCUGUCAUCCAGUUUAUCCCAGAUUGAAUAUCUGUAGUCUGUCAUCCAGUUUAUCCCAGAUUGAAUAUCUGUAGUCUGUCAUCCAGUUUAUCCCAGAUUGAAUAUCUUUAGUCUGUCAUCCAGUUUAUCCCAGAUUGAAUAUCUGUAUUCUGUCAUCCAGUUUAUCCCAGAUUGAAUAUCUGUAUUCUGUCAUCCAGUUUAUCCCAGAUUGAAUAUCUGUAGUCUGUCAUCCAGUUUAUCCCAGAUUGAAUAUCUGUAGUCUGUCAUCCAGUUUAUCCCAGAUUGAAUAUCUGUAGUCUGUCAUCCAGUUUAUCCCAGAUUGAAUAUCUGUAGUCUGUCAUCCAGUUUAUCCCAGAUUGAAUAUCUGUAGUCUGUCACCCAGUUUAUCCCAGAUUGAAUAUCUGUAGUCUGUCAUCCAGUUUAUCCCAGAUUGAAUAUCUGUAGUCUGUCACCCAGUUUAUCCCAGAUUGAAUAUCUGUAGUCUGUCAUCCAGUUUAUCCCAGAUUGAAUAUAUGUAGUCUGUCACGAAGUUUGUCCCAGAUUGAAUAUAUGUAGUCUGUCACCCAGUGUAUCCCAGAUUGAAUAUCUGUAGUCUGUCACCCAGUUUAUCCCAGAUUGAAUAUCUGUAGUCUGUCAUCCAGUUUAUCCCAGAUUGAAUAUCUGUAGUCUGUCAUCCAGUUUAUCCCAGAUUGAAUAUCUGUAGUCUGUCAUCCAGUUUAUCCCGGAUUGAAUAUCUGUAGUCUGUCAUCCAGUUUAUCCCGGAUUGAAUAUCUGUAGUCUGUCAUCCAGUUUAUCCCGGAUUGAAUAUCUGUAGUCUGUCAUCCAGUUUAUCCCGGAUUGAAUAUCUGUAGUCUGUCAUCCAGUUUAUCCCGGAUUGAAUAUCUGUAGUCUGUCAUCCAGUUUAUCCCAGAUUGAAUAUAUGUAGUCUGUCACCCAGUGUAUCCCAGAUUGAAUAUCUGUAGUCUGUCAUCCAGUUUAUCCCGGAUUGAAUAUCUGUAGUCUGUCACCCAGUGUAUCCCAGAUUGAAUAUCUGUAGUCUGUCACCCAGUUUAUCCCAGAUUGAAUAUCUGUAGUCUGUCACCCAGUUUAUCCCAGAUUGAAUAUCUGUAGUCUGUCAUCCAGUUUUUCCCAGAUUGAAUAUCUGUAGUCUGUCAUCCAGUUUAUCCCGGAUUGAAUAUCUGUAGUCUGUCAUCCAGUGGAUUCUUUAAUACAGGAGAUUUAUACCCCUGCAUCGUCACUGAAGACCCCGAGUCCCAGCCAAUCACAUCGUGCCUUCCAUUUCUAAUUACUUCUUUGGCACAAAAAUUUUUUAGCGUUUGGAUAUCUGCAGACUGCAGUGAAAAAAACAAUUGCCAACAUUGAGAAAACAAAUAUGGAAAACUUGUUCUCCUAUAUUUUAUGUCCAGUUUCUAAAGAGUACCAAAGAGGCAGACGCAGUGUGUCUUCGAUGGCAGAUACCUGUGCUGCUGUACAUCUCCUUUGUACUUAGCAGUUUCUAAUAAAUUAAGGUAUAGUUUACAGUAAUCACUUGCAUAUUAACGGCCUGCCGGUAAAGCACAGAAACACACACCUGUGCAUGGAGACUUCAUACUGUUGCUAGUAGCCACAGAGUUAUAACAAGACUUUUUGUUUCAAUAGUAUAUCUAGGGAUUUAACUGUUGUUAUGCUCUUCACAGUAGGCCAGAGGUUGGUCGCUAAAAUUGGUGACAGGAAUGAUAACGAGUAGUGACUGGUUUCCCGGGAUAGGAUAUUUGAACUCUGUGGCACACAGGACUUUAAAGGUUUUUUUUACUUUAAUUCUCAAAGAAUGAGAACAAGGAAAGCAAUGGUUAUUUUCUUUAAGGUUGGUGCGAGUGACAGAAUGCAAACAUAUCUCAUUACGGAUACAAGCCAAUAUAACUUGUUGUCAUGUUGAAAUUAGAAAUAAACUCUGAGGUUACUGAUUGCACAAAUCGAUUUUAUAAGAUACUUUUAUAGUUGUUAUUAAUAAUGCUUUAACAAUAUAAAAAAAAAUUGCAAGUAAAAGAAAAAAAGAGUAGAAAGGUAAAAAUAGAAUUAAGUGACAAUCGAAUGAACUAGAAGGAUAUUUUAUGAAUAAUGAUCAAAAUUAACUUAUUCACGUCUAAAUUGUACCAAUUCUCAUUCUUACUCUUAGAAAGGAGAUGAGCGCUACAUUAUACCUAAAGAGCAUUUGGUACCUUGCCUGUGUAUUGUGGUAAGUCCUAGUAAGAUUUUUAUUUACGUAUUUAUUUUUAAAUUUUUAGAACCAUAAAAAGGCAUGUAAAAAAAAAACUAAAAUAUUUUGUUAGCACUCGUGUUAUGUUAAGAUGAUGUAAGGAAUAUAUAAGUUGCGUCUGCUUUUGCAUGAUUUUUGUGCUAGCGAAAAAAAGGCAUUAAAACUAUUAAAAUGUAAAAAAAAAACCCUUAACAGAUUGCCUAAAAACAAACAAACCAUGUGGCAGAAAAAAACACAAUACAAUAAAAGUAAUUCAUGUUAGCCCAUGCCAAUGCUAUGGAAUCUCAGUAAGAUUGCUUCUCAUACGUCUCUCACCACCAGUGUAUUUUAAAUAAAGUAACCCUGAAAAUGGUUAAGGAAGCGCAAAAAAUACAGUCUAAUCACAUGUUAAUAAUAAACAUAUAAACAUUUAUUGAAUCUUAUAUGAAGUCUAAAAAUAUAUUUAAAAUACAAUGACAAAAAAAACCUUGUACAAUAAUAAUUAUUGCUAUACUGAGUAUUCAAGAAUAUACAAAACACAACGAGGGAACCGGCUGAUUGUCUAAAUGAGGAUAAAUAAAAAGAGGUAUAGUGUAAUACAGUUUUACAAUAUUAACACUGCGCAAUAUAAAAUGCACUCACAGGAUAUUGGACAGUUCAGGCAUAUAUGGUGCCACCCCUGAUGAUAUGGGGGGCUAGAGAAAUCCCCUGGACACUUCCACUCAAAAUGCAGGACUCCAGGUGAAGAUAUGAAAAAAGCGGCUUUAAUUGUAUAAAAAUAUAAAAUAAAUACAAAUAAAGGUCCUACGCGUUUCGUCCCUUCUACAAAAUAUGGGACUUCCUCAGGGACCACAAUAUUAAAAUAACAAUCAAUGCAGUACAAUCACAAAAAAAAUAGAAUAAAAAAUAUGAAAAAAAAAAAUAAGAGUGGAAUGGCAGAAAAAAAACAGAGUACUGCGCUGCAGCAGACCUUACUCUCUUCAAAUGUAAUCAGAAGGAUGUCAGCACAAACACAUCCCCAACAGUAAGCUGUCCCCCCCCCUUUUUUUUUACAGUACUCUGUUUUUUUCUGCCAUUCCACUCUCAUUUUUAUUUUUAUUUUUCCAUAUUUUUUAUUCUAUUUUUUAUGGUAUAUUUCUUUAAUUGACGCAGUCUCAUUUUUUGCUAUAUUACUUAGUAGUGUGCAUACUCAGUAUAUCAAUAAUUAUUAUUGUACAAGGUUUUUUUUGUUAUUGUAUUUUAAAUAUAUUUUUAGACUUCAUAUAAGAUUCAAUAAAUGUUUAUAUGUUUAUUAUCAACAUGCGAUUAGACUGUAUUUUUUGCGCUACCUUAACCAUUUUCAGUGUUACUUUGUCUUGUACUAGAAAGUGUAGGGAUACUUUCUCUAAAGGAGCAGCAUUAAAAGGCACCGCUUUCACAUUGUUCACAGACACACCCUAUAUUAAGUGUACAGUAGCAAGAAAAAGUAUGUGAACCCUUUGGAAUGAUAUGGAUUUCUGCACAAAUUGGUCAUAAAAUGUGAUCUGAUCAUCAUCUAAGUCACAACAAUACACAAUCACAGUCUGCUUAAACUAAUAACACACAAAGAAUGAAAUGUUGCCAUGUUUUUAUUGAACACACCAUGUAAACAUUUACAGUGAAGGUGGAAAAAGUAUGUGAACCCUUGGAUUUAAUAACUGGUUGAACCUCCUUUGGCAGCAAUAACUUCAACCAAACGUUUCCUGUAGUUGCAGAUCAGACGUGCACAACAGUCAGGAGUAAUUCUUGACCAUUCCUCUUUACAGAACUGUUUCAGUUCUGCAAUAUUCUUGGGAUGUCUGGUGUGAAUCGCUUUCUUGAGUUCAUGCCACAGCAUCUCAAUCGGGUUGAGGUCAGGACUCUGACUGGGACACUUCAGAAGGCGUAUUUUCUUCUGUUUAAGCCAUUCUGUUGUUGAUAUACUUCUAUGCUUUGGGUCAUUGUCCUGUUGCAACACCUAUCUUCUGUUGAGCUUCAGCUGGUAGACAGAUGGCCUUAAGUUCUCCUGCAAAAUGUCUUGAUAAACUUGGGAAUUCAUUUUUCCUUCGAUGAUAGCAAUCCGUCCAGGCCCUGACGCAGCAAAGCAGCCCCAAACCAUGAUGCCCCCACCACCAUACUUCACAGUUGGAAUGAGGUUUUGAUGUUGGUGUGCUGUGCCUUUUUUUCGCCACACAUAGUGUUGUGUGUUUCUUCCAAACAACUCAACUUUGGUUUCAUCUGUCCACAGAAUAUUUUGCCAGUACUGCUGUGCAACAUCCAGGUGCUCUUGUGCAAACUGUAAACGUGCAGCAAUGUUUUGUUUGGACAGCAGUGGCUUCCUCUGUGGUAUCCUCCCAUGAAAUCCAUUCUUGUUUAGUGUUUUACGUAUUGUAGAUUCGCUAACAGGGAUGUUAGCAUUUGCCAGUGACUUUUGUAAGUCUUUAGCUGACACUCUAGGAUUCUUCUUCACCUCAUUGAGCAGUCAGCACUGUGCUCUUGCAGUCAUCUUUACAGGACAGCCACUCCUAGGGAGAGUAGCAGCAGUGCUGAACUUUCUACAUUUAUAGACAAUUUGUCUUACCGUGGACUGAUGAACAGCAAGGCUUUUGGAGAUACUUUUAUAACCCUUUCCAGCUUUCUGCAAGUCAACAAUUCUUAAUCGUAGAUCUUCUGCGAGCUCUUUUGUGCGAGGCAUCAUUCACAUCAGGCAAUGCUUCUUGUGAAAAGCAAACCCAGAACUGGUGUGUGUUUUUUAAAGGGCAGGGAAGCUGUAACCAACACCUCCAAUCUCAUCUCGUGGAUUGGACUCCAGUUGGCUGACAUCUCACUCCAAUUAGCUCUUGGAGAUGUCAUUAGUCUAGGGGUUCACAUACUUUUUCCACCUGCACUGUGAAUGUUUACAUGGUGUGUUCAAUAAAAAACAUGGCAACAUUUCAUUCUUUGUGUGUUAUUCGUUAAAGCAGACUGUGAUUGUCUCUUGUUGUGACUUAGAUGAUGAUCAGAUCACAUUUUAUGACCAAUUUGUGCAGAAAGCCAUAUCAUUCCAAAGGGUUCACAUAUUUUUUCUUGCAACUGUAUACAUAUAUUUUUUUCCCCACGCAAUUAUAUUUCUUUGGAUCAUUCAUUACAACAUUGGGAGUAUACUUGCUUUGCGCAGUUUACACGUAUACCAGAGAAAUUCCCACUCUCUUGGUUCUUAUCAUAUUUUAAAUAAAGCUCUGCCUAUUGCUGGUGGUUGGGGCCGGGAAGAGAAAGUGGGGGGGGGGAGUGGUGGUGAGGGGUGGGGUGGAGGGAACACAAUAUGUUCCCCCUGUUUAUUUUAAAAUGGCCAAAAACAGUUAAUAAUUAUCAUGCUUAUUGUUAUUUAAUAUACAGUAGCUUUUGAUAAAAAUUUAAAACCAGCAGAGCCGUACGCAGUUAUGCUAAAAAUCAUAUAAAUAGUUUUAACGCUCUACUAACUAAUGCAAUAAUUUAUUUUUUUUUGUAUAUGUUACCUUUACGUCAUGCUUUUUACCAGUCUACCUUGUGAAACCAAAGAGAUUAACAGGCAGUUCUUUCUUAAUGAAUGACUAAAAAUGAUGUGUUUUUUAUAUGGGCACGGUAAUUAUUAAUUGGUAAAAUAAGCUUGCCUUUGUUUUAAACUGAUGACCAAUUAGUUUAUCAUUUUUAAAUAAAUAUCUAGCUCAACUUGCUCAAUAUUAACUUUAUUAUCAUGUAAUAAAAAAGUGUGUACAGAUAUAUGAUAAGGAAAAAUAGGUCUGCUUCUUGCAACACUUAUCUGUAUCUGUAUGACAAUAAAGACAAUUAAUGUGCUAAACAAAGUGUUUAUUUUUUGCUGAACACAAAAAAGAUAAAGUUACAUAAUCCUUAUACACACAUUGAUGCACAGCUACAGGAGAAGUAUUACUUCUAAGGCAGCAUAGGGGGCCCCUUAGGGCCUCAGCCUAGACAGGGGCCUGGCGCUCGGGCAUAAGACUAAAUAAUACAAAUUGCAUCCAUAACCCUGAAAUCAAGAUUACAUAGCAGCAUAGGACUAGUUAAAUAAGAACGCCACACACUUAUGAUUCUUACAGGUUUAUUUUCUAAAGUGAGAAUUGCUUGGAUAUUUAAAUUUAAUUCAAUGUGAAUUUUAAAAUGUAGGGCAAAAUAGCCAAAUGUCCUUAAAUCUGAAAUUCACAUUCAAAUUCUCACUUUUGGGAAUAGCCCUGUAAAACUCCCAUAAUCCUCUGCGCGCUGUAGGUAACCUCUUCGCUACUAAGCGGUUUGAGAAAUAACCACCACAAGAAUCCAAGUAUUUUGGUUGUCAUGGAAAGUAAUUUUUAAUGUCAAUAGGUACAUAUAGCAAAUUAAUUCAUGGAAACAUAAAUGGAGUAUAAUAAAUAUACAGAUAAAAGUGAUCUAGGUAAUAUAUAGAUAUAGCCCCACGUCUCUUGUAUAAGUAGCCACAUUACCAUGACAUUGCCCAUAGCAUUACAGCUAUGUUGCCUCUCUGGACUCACACAAAUACACACACAUACAUUCACUUAUACAUCUAUGUAUAUAUACUGAUACUCACACACAUAUACACACUCUGAUACAUACACACAUAUAUACACAAACACACUGAUGCCUAGAGAUGCACAAUGAGACACAGACACACACAUAUUGACAAACACACAUACCUGUGGGUAUGUCUGGCAUUGUGUACCUGUGUAUGAGCCUAACAGUGUGUGUCUGACAGUGAGUAUCCUUUUGUGUCUGUGAUUGUAAAUAUAUGGGAAGGCACUUGUAACGGCUACCCUGGUAUGGUGAGGGUACCAGCCGUUGGGGACGUCCUUUUCUUCCCGGCAAGUCGCUGUGUAGUGAUGGAGUCGCCUAUUCCCUUCUGCUGGAUCAGGAGUGGAAGCCAAGUACAGCUCUGAAAAGAGCUAAGUGAUUAAGCUGCAUAGAUUCCCCUUUCAAGAACGAGACGAGGCUACGUUUUGAAGGGUCAAGAAGAACUGAGGGUUUAUUGACAGACACUCUCUUUUAUGCAAUUCUGCCCAUGCAAGGGAGACACCCACAUAAUUAGCAGUAUAACCAAUCAAUACAAUAUACAUUCUGUACAUCCCCUCCCCUUAGAUAACUAAAUAACACAAUUAAAAAGGAACAUAUUUUCCCCAAAGUUCAGAUGUACCCCAAAUAUUUGGGGUACAGACAUAAAUUUUGUAUCUAUGGUACUAACAUAUUUAAAAAUCAGCCCAUUCGGUUCAGCCGUUCGGGAGAUAUGGGACUUAGAAGUUUUGACCGACCGCACGGGCACAGUAGCCGAAAACAGUUCCAUGAAUGCUGGCCCUGCAGUUGGUCUAAGAUCGUGGGUAAAAACUCCCGAACGGCCGGCCAUCCGUAUGCCAUCCUGGGUUCGCUGAAAUCCCCAUCUGUUGCUGAUUCUUUCUACCGAACGCCUGGCCGUUCGGUAGUUUUGGCGAGGUUUUCCUGAAAGUAUGGAGGUCUCAGUGGUGUUCACCUAUUUGAGUGUCUGAUUUUAGUUCCAGACACUCGACGGCAAACACUGCUGUUCGGGAGUUAAAAUGGCCGUGAACACGUGGAAGUCCCGAAAUGGCGGCUGGGCUUACAGCUCUCAUAGCAUUCGUGCGGUCUUUCGACAAAAAGUGCCCAUCAAGCAGGGAGGUAAAUUAGUCUCAAUUAACAGUCAGGGUGGCCUGUUAGAGGUAGGUAAGCAUUCGCAUGGAGAAUGCUUGCAAAGUACCGAACUGCCUUGUAAUCCAUAGAUCUUUUCCAGGCAAACUGUGCUUUUUGUUACAGCACUGUAACUGUGUUUGGAAUGCAUAUCUGGUGUCUAUGUGUGUCUGUGAGCAGUGCAUCUCAGUGUCUGGGAGUAUAUGUGCAGGGCUGCUUGCUAAGUGUUGUAUAAAUGAGGGGGCUGCCAUGUGUAUGUUGUGCUUAUGGUGAGGUUCUGGUGUAUGUUUCUAAAGGAUUGAUUGUGUGUAUGAGGUUUACUGUGGCAGGGUGAGUGUGUGUGUGCUGAGUGUCAGAGGGAUGAGUGUGACAGGGUUACUGUGUGGGGUUAUUGUGGGCGGGGGUGAAUAAGACAGGGUGACAUUGUGGGUGUGUGUGAAUGAGACACGAUUACUGUGUGGGGUCAUUGUGGGAGGCAGUAAAUGAGACAGGGUGAAUGUGUGAAGGGGAGAUGUUUCUAUGUCCAGCCUACCCAAACAGUGCAGUAUUUUUUUUCUAAUGUUGCUGUGGCCCUUGUCCUGCUUACUUUUUGAACCUAGUUUCUUAGAUUGCCCAGUGGUUUCCCUGGUGGGCUGUCAGGCUGGUCUGUAUCUCUGGCUCAGUGCAGACCCCUGGGAAUGCAUCGUUCAAGUUUUUGGACAGGAAGGAGCAUCGACAGCAAUCUGCACUUAGCCAGAGGUCCCAUGUAACUGGAGGAGGGCUCAGCAGAACCAGCGCUUUAAUGCUGGUUGUGCUGUCAGAACAGUAAUUGCAAAUUAUAUUUGUUACGGUACCUACGGCACUGAAAUGUACAAACCGCCGUUUAGCGAGUAUUCCCCGUUCGCACUAAUGGGGUCGGGUAGCGGGUAUAAUAAAACCAUGCGAACCACCAGCCAGGGAACACUCCAAACUCCCGAACGGUACCUGUACGGUGAAUUCCCUUCACGAGCCGCAAAUCCACGAACGGCAAUCAGUAACCGAACGACAAUCUCUCCCAAGCGGCAAAUAAUCCAAAUCAGCAGUCUCUCGCCGCUGGUAUCCAAAUCCCCCCAAUAACGAGACCAAGCUCCGCUUUGAGGGUAAAACACGAACUGGUUUACUGUGGGCUACCUGCCCGGUAUUUAUGCAGGUCUCCCACUUGGUGGACACUCCCCUAGGGGACCAAAUGGGAGACUGAAAUCACAGAGGGACAUGGGGACAUUCUGGACAUACAUCCCCACAAUAUUCCCAGCAUGCAGUACAGUUCCCUCCCCUCUGCUCGGGGGAUAAUUGGGAAGUACUUCAAUUAUCUCCCCGAGCAGAGGCAAUCGCCAUUUUAGAUACAAGUUACAAAAACACACAAACAUCCAUAACUUAGUAACUGCUGAACAUUUUACAUCAGUCUUGCAUAUCCCCAGAUAGCCUGGAUCUGAGGGCACAUUAUUGGAGAAUAGCGCUCAGAUCCCAUUCGCACAGUUCAAUCGCCAUGGAGUCAAAGUCUCUUUCAGUUCUUCGGUAUGCGAUUGACUCCAUGGGACGGCUAUCUGGGUUAAGUCCAUUCGUGUGGUUGAAUCUCCCGAACGGCUGUCAUUCGCAUGCUUUUGUCGAUUGAGAAGGGGAGGUCGACGGCUUCAGCGGUGUUCGGCUGAAAAAGUGUCCGUUUUCCGAUCCAUGAAAUAAUCGUUGAACACCGCUGGUCGUUCGCAUGGACAAAAUGGCCGCCGCCUCGUGGUCGACAUACGAACGACGACCACCCGGCAUUCGGUUUUUAAUUGAGAAGUGUCUGUGGUUAACCGCAACGUUCUAAUUGGGAUCAAUAGGUUAACCAGCAGCACACUUCUCUUCUGGGUGGCCGUCCGUUCGGUAGUUCCGUUCGACAAAACCGACAUUCCCUUAAACAAAGCAUACGAACGGGGAAAUUCAUGAAAACGGCAAAACAGACGAACAAAGCAGUUAUAAUCCAGACAGAUGGGUCUGUCACAAUAUUUAUCUGCAAUAAAUGCAUUUCAUUUACAAUUGUUAAAAUUGUGUUUGCAUGAUUCUGUGGUGGUGGAACAUACAAUGGUUAUCACAAUGGUGAAUAUGAUUCACUAUCAUUGUGCUCUUUUUCCUACAGGUUUGGUGGAGUAAUCAGAGUGAUGCUGUUCGAGAAAGAUAUUGUCCAUUUUUGAAUCGUAACGGUAUGUCUACUGUCUCACUCGUAAUAGUAAUGGUUUCUAAUUUCUAGUAUAGUAAUGCUUGCUCGGCAUAUCAGAGCGUUUUAUUAAUGAGUUUAAUAACCCCAAGAGUUUUAAAUAUUGUAAGAAUUGUAAGGCAAAACACCAAACUUUUAUGUAAAUGCUCUAUUUACCAAAUAAAGUUAUUGAGUCAGGAUAAAGAUUUAGCUAUCUUGAAAAUUUACAAAUAAAAAAAAGCCGCUCAAUCUGCCUGUAGUGGCAUCACACCAACGCUACUAAAUGUCCAAUUGGGAUGAAAUGUGCAUGCGAGGCCAGUGCUCUGCUCCUAUUGGACAUUACCAGUGAAAACUGACUUUGACUUGGUUCUCAUAGAGGAUGUGCCUUUAGUGCAGGGCUUCCCAACAGGUAUAUCCCCAGAUGUUGUAGAACUACAACUCCCGUGAUGUUUUGUCAUUCUAAAUGCAUUCUCAAGGCAUGCAAAGCAUCAUGGGAGUUGUAGUUCCAUGACAUCUGGGGAUCUACCAGUUGGGCAGCCCUGCGUCUAGUGGCUGUCAAGUAGACAACCAUUAGUUGUAUUUAAUCUUGCAAUGUAAUCAUUGCCGUGUCUUUUAAACAACAAUGCAGGGUUGAAAAUAAAGGACAUUGCAGGGUUAACACUAAAGAACCACAGCACCUUGACAUGAAGCAGUCUGACAUUAGUGAUAUAUAACAGUUCUUUAUGUUGACACCAAUGUGUGUCUCUUUACACAGAAUGUCCCAUCCAUGGUAACAUCUCUACCAGUAUAAGAGUUGUUGAGUCACAUUUGACGCAGCUGAAGUUAAAUAGGAAUUAGGCUUAUCUUUCAAUUAAAAAGUACAAAACUAGUAAAUUAUUUGAUUAUUUUUUAUAAACCAUUGAAAACCUCCUGUAAUCCAUGUUAAAGGGUAUUACAAUGUCCAAUAGUGGAUAUUUUAAAAUGCAUAUAAGUAAAGGAAAACUGCAAGUACCAUACCAUCUACAGCUUGCUGUACUGGUUAUGUUGCCCGACUGCCCUGGCUCCAGCCAACAGACCGGUUUAGCACAGUCUGAUAACUUACCUUGGUCCUACCACCAUGAUUGUGAAUCUGUGUUUGUUUUGCUUUGCUCUAAGGAGACAUGCGGGAGAAGGCUGGAUGUGAAGGAUGUAAAGAAUGUGAAGAAUGUGGAGUGGGUACCCUGCAGAACCCAGGUAAGUUGUUAAACUGUGCUAACAUUAUUUGACAUAUUACUGUAGGAUAACAUCAGGGCAUCCCUGGAGCCAUACCCACUAAAGCAGGCUUGAGGGAGUACGGUGCUCAGAGUGUUAAUUUAAGCAGUGCAAAUAAAUUAUUCAUUUACUAGAAUUUUCACAGAUAUUUCUAAAGCAUGGAAAACUGGCCCUUUACAGCUGAGGAAGAUCUACCCACUUUUUGUCCAGCACUUACUUCCUUGUUAGUGCGGGGCAGUGUACAAAUGCCUCCACAUACAUUUGAAGACAAAUCUCCAUUUAAAGCUACUCAUAAUGAUGGAUGUUUUAUUAAGUUUUAGGGCUUCCAUACCGUAAGAAAGAUGCACAAGACGUAUUUGCUGGUAUUUUUAAAAAUGAAUUAUUUGAUCAUUUGUAACAUUAGAGUGCAACGUAAGCAUAACAUAGACAAUUGCAAUCUUUGUUUCCUUUGAUUAUGUUUCAUGCAUCGUUACAAAACCAACUCAUUUAUUUCUGCUUUUCUUCAGAUAAUUAUCUAGAAGAAAAUAUAUGGAGACUGAGUACAUUCUCAAUGGCCGUAAAGGAUAAUUUGCUGCUCUACAACUUUAGCGCCCCAUGCAAUGUAUCAGCUGAGAUUUCUCUGUGUUGGAAAUACAGUCACAAUUCUCACUGUCAGGAGCUGCCCAUCCGAAAAAAGAUCUGGUCAUUGGUAAGACAUUAACCUUUCUCUAGAUUAUUUAAACAAAUAUAUAAAUAUUACUAGUGAACAAAAUGCAUAGCAUUGCUUUUAAGAAACAAUAUACACAAUACAUUUAAAACAAAAAUAUGAAUAUCAUUUUUAUUUAAAUCCCUUUUUCUGAGAAAGAUACAGACUCUAAAAUCACAAACGGAGGAUUUUGAAUGUCUAGGUAACACUGUUUUUGUACGAUUAAGGAAAACAUUUCAAGACUUAUCCCAAGGAUUUUAUUGCUGUCAUUAUGCCACAAUGACGGGUGGCAAACAUAGAAACAUAGAAUGUGACUGCAGAUAAGAACCAUUCGGCCCAUCUAGUCUGCCCAAUUUUCUAAAUACUUUCAUUUGUCCCUGGCCUUAUCUAGUAGUUAGGAUAGCCUUAUGCCUUUCCCACGCAUGCUUAAACUCCUUUACUGUGUUAACCUCUACCACUUCAGCUGGAAGGCUAUUCCAUGCAUCCACUACCCUCUCAGUAAAGUAAUACUUCCUGACCAGUGUUGCACCACAUGACCUCUAAAACAGCAUCAUAUAUAAGACACGGAUCCUUCUGCAUGUAGUGGAACAAAUAAAACAGCAAUGUCCCCCUCCAUUGACACUGUGGUAAACUAAGAUGGAGGAGUUUAAGUUUAGGCCAGUGGAAUAAUUAUUUGACACACUUACAGGACACUGGUAUACACCAUUGGUGGGCUCUCAUAUUAACCCACUGCUAGAAACCGCUGAGUAUCUUACCCCAGACCCCCCUCUCUUGGGCUCCCCACUUCCCAUACACCUGAUGGGAUUAUUUUUGGUUGGUAACCCUUCUUAGUUAAGUUAAACACUGCCUUUUAGUUUUACUAAUUGUAACUCUUGCAAUUUAUAAUAAUGAAACUAAUUGCAAUGUUUAUUCCGAUUGCUGUAUUUUUUUUGUAAUUUCUGUGUCAUAUGCAACUUUUAAUGAAAAUGAAUAGAAGCAUAAUUCAAGAACAAAGCUAUGGGCGCAGUACGCUAUUUUAUGUUAAAGAAGCUGAAACCAGACUAACCUCACCAUUUAUAGGAUAAUAAUCAGGGGCCCAGAAGGUUCCUAAACUUGCUACAGUCAGCCAACCUGAAGCUUCUUAUAGAGAGACAUUGAAUCCAGUGUUUCUCUACGCGAAGCAUUCACAGCGUUCAGCAAUACUGAUCAUGUAGAUUUUCAAUCAUGAAAGUCUGCAAUGUAGAAGCUCCGCUUGAGGUUGUCAGCUUAACGGCCGCUAGAGGCAUGUUUAUGGCCAAAUGUGUUUUGCAUUGCCACAAUAAAGAGGUCAUGGUCCAUGCACCAAACCAUUUCACUAAAAUGAAGUCUCUUUAAGUUUUAACUGAUGCACAGGGUAUUUUUUAAAUAUUUUCAUAAAUAAAAGUAUCUAUAUUAUUUUAUUUCACUCACAUUUGUUUGCUUUCCCGUUCUUCUGUAGUUUUUCUUUUUGCAUAUACAAAUUAGUCACCUCUGGGCCUUUGGGAUUAUGCAUGGGCCAGUCUAAAUCAGAGGUAGGCAUCUUUCGGCACUUCAGAUGUUGUGGAUGAAAUCUUCCAUGAUGCUCGCACUGCCAUAAUUCUGACAAAGCAUCAUGGGAGAUGUAAUCCACAUCUGGAGUGUGAAUGUUGCCUACCCCACAUCUAAGGGGUUGAAUUCAGCUUUGCUCAAUUACUCUGAUAUAUAUAUAUAUAUAUAUACCAUAUCCUAGAUGUUUGAACUUGCUUGGUCAAAUCAUUGUAUAUCCCAGCUGGGAUCAAAUUGGAUGUCCCCAAGGAGGAGGAAAUUAGGACAUGUUACCGAUUCAGAGAGAAUCAGUGACAUUUAUUAUGGCUUGCAUUUCUACCAUUGAAGGACAUCUCGUCCUCAAAGAACUCACUAGGGUGACAUUCAUCAUCUGCCACUUUUGAAAUGAUUAAAAGUGUUUAUUUUUUUACACAGGAUCCUCAGGUGUUCGAUGGUGUGAAAUUUCAUCCCUCCAUCUGUAUCCAGGUAGGAAAUUAAUUUGUAAAUUUCCUGAGAAUUAGAAGAAACGAUAAAUAAUUCUUACUCAUCUGACAUUUUGGCCUUAAGUUAAUAUUGCUAGACAGGCAUUUCAAAUUAUUAUCUAUUUUGGAUAAACAUUUGUUUUUAAACAUUUAAACUAUUUCAAUUAUGUAAUAUUUUAAUAUUUUAGUAUUUUUGAUGUAUUUGUAUAUUUUUACAUAUGAUAGAUAUUUUUUGAUAUUUUAAUAUUUUGAAAAGAUAAUUUUAAAAGUUUAUUCUAAAAUAUGAAAUCAUUUUAGAAAUGUAGCCAACAAUAUUAAAAGUGAGGAUUAUAUAAGAAAUACCUAAGCAAGAAAGACAGAUAUAUAUAUAUUAAUACAACAGCUAAUGUGUCAAUGAAUCCUAAACACAGUGUUACUUGAGUUACUUCCUAGGCACAUUAAGCCACGGGUAGAAUGGUAUCAGUUUUGGACCAAACACAGGAAACAUUCCAUUGGGUUCUAGUAUUCGGAAAUGUAGUACCUUGCUAUAGCUUGUGAUAGGCUCCAACCACCCCAUGUUUACUCAAACCACGGUUGGGUAGAACGAGUGUUAACAUCUGAAUUAAUUGCAACACUUUACUCUUGUGCAGGUGAAGUAUAAGGAUCAACACCAGCUUGUUAAGUGCUUGCCUGCCAACGGUAAGUUACGCUACAAAGUGUGAUAAAAUUCGUUGUGAAUUGUUUUGAUGAAAUCUCCAUGCAAGUAUUCGAAAAAGGGAUACAAAGUAACCACUAGCUAUUAACAAAAUUCAUUGCAUUUUUAAUGAACAUCAUAUUUAGCUGUACACGUAGUUCCCGACUUUACAAACGAAUUGGUUCUGAAGCCUAUCUAUUUGAAAUAAGGAAAAAUUUGUUGUAUGUCAAAAGUCCACGGUACAGUUGAUAAUAAAAAUGUUAACACAAUGUAGAGGUCUAAGUAGGACUUGCUAUGUUUAUGCUUAGAUAAAUAGACAGAUUAGCUAGGAUGGACGGACAGACAGAUGGAUAGAUAGACAUUUCAGCAAAACCUUGUUUGCCAACUUGGAUAUUGUAGACGGACAGGUUUAUUUACUAAUGUGAGAAUUUAAGGUGAAUUCAAAGUGGAUUUCAACUUUCAGGUCAAAAUAGCUGAAGUGGAAACAUUCUCCUAGUCAGGUAUACUUUCAGGCAGUGGCAGACUAAGGGAGGGUAGGGGGGAAAGGGGAGCGGAGUGCCACCAGGUAGUAGGGUGCCACCAGGACUGGCCAGGCUUAGGGGUGUGUGAGCUGUGUGGCUGCAGAGGGUGCCAGUGCAGCAGGCGCACAGGGGAGCCGACACAGCUCACACAUGCAGAGGCCGACUGGGAAUACAGCAGAAGUACUGCACGGAGAGUUGGGGGCAGAGCCAGAUUGGCAGUGGGGGCGGAGCCAAAUUGGAUGCAGGGGCAGAGCUAACGGCAGCCUCUUACUGCUGCUCACUGAGGGGAAGCAGGAAGGAGCCCCUGCUUCCCCCAACAACUACACACCAGGGAUUGCAAUGAAACAACUCCUCCUCCAGCCCAGACUGUCAGUAAGUGAGAGUGGCUGUGUGUGUGUAACUGUGAUUGUGUUUGUCUGCCUGUGACCGUAUGUGUGUCUGUCUGCCUGUGACUGUGUGUGUGUGACUGUCUGCCUGUGACUGUGUGUGUGACUGUCUGUCUGUGACUGUGUGUGUGACUGUCUGCCUGUCUGUGUGUGUGACUGUCUGUCUGUGACUGUGUGUGUGUGACUGUCUGCCUGUGACUGCCUGUCUGAGACUGUCUGUCUGUGACUGUGUGUGUGUGUGACUGUCUACUUGUGACUGGCUGCCUGUGACUGUGUGUGUGACUGCCUGUGACCGUCUGCAUGUCAUUGAGUGUGUGUGACUGUCUACCUGUGACUGUGUGAUGCUGCCUGUAACUGUGUGUGUGUGUGUGUGAGACUGUAUGCCUGUAGCUGUGUGUGUGUGCCUCACUGCCUGUAACUGUGUAUGUAACUGUGUGCCUGUAACUGUGUGUUUGACUGUGUGUGAGUGACUAUGUGUCUGGGACUGUGUGCACGUGGCUGUAUUUGACAGUAUAUGUGUAUAACUGUGUGCAUCUGACUGUGUCUGACUGUCUUCGCCCAGCAGUAAGCCGGCAAAUAACGUCAUCCCGGCGUCUGUGGCGGACCACCUGGCACCCCGACUGGGUGCCUCCGCCAUCGCUGCUUCCUAGUGCUCACAAGUACUCCAAGCACUCCACCAGACACUAUAACCACCACAAACCAAGCAGCCAGCAUUACAGCUUGGUUGGGGUCUCACUCUCCUCCAUCCACCUUGGACCCAAGACCAGGAUUCAGCUUUCAGUGGGUAGACCUUUCCCAAUCCAAAGAGUAAAGCAGAAUACUCAAGAGCUAGUGAUUAUAAUCCAAGAGAGUAUAGUGAUUAUAGCAAUCCCCAGAGUGAAUAUAGCUGUUCCCUCCACACAUGAGACGAGGCUGUAUUUUAAGUGUGAAGAGGAACUGGUUUAAUGGGAGCCACAUGCAACUCCCCAUGCAAUGGGUUUCCAGAUACAUAUUCCAGGGGCAUUCCCCUCUGGACCUGAGAGGAGGCCACAGUAAAACAUACACAUAAUUGCAUAGGUCCAGGACACUCCCACACAAAACAGGGUAAUCCCUCCCCUGUGCCUGAGAGAUAGUUGAGUCAAGAGCUGUACUAAACUCAAUUAUCUCCAGGCACAGAAAACAUACAUUUUAACAGUGAAGUACCCCCAAAACCCCGCAAAAGUAACAUCCCCUGAUAGCCCCGAUCUGAGGGACCAACAUAUCUAAUAAUCACCCAGAUCAGUUCAGGGAUACGGGAUUUACAUGGAAGUCAUAAUUUUGACCAACCGUGCACAUGGUCCUAUGCUCAAAACAGUUCCAGGGAAUCAGGGCUAACGGUCAGUCUCUCUUUCUAGAGUACAAAAGUAAAUAAAUCCCAUGAAUGAAGCCUUUUAAAAAGUGCAUUGGGCAAGGUAUAUUGCAGGGCCCAUAGUUCUGAGGCAGGAGGUUGGCAAGCAAACUCCUCCAGGAGCCUAUGGCGAGGUUCUGUUUGCCACAGCAUUAUUACAUGGUGCUCGAGGGACCUGUGCAGGAAGAGCACAGAGAUCCCAGCAGCAACCACUGACCACCAGGGACUGAGGAUCCACUCCAGUCCUCCCAGAGCAGGGUAUGUAUGUGAUGUUUGUGUGUGUGUGUGUGUGUGUGUGUGUGUGUGUGUAUCUAAUUUUGUGUGUCUGUGAUUGUAUAUGUGUGGGUCUGUGAUUGUGUUUGUGUAUGUCUGUCUGUAAUUAUGUGUGUGAUUGUGUGUGUAUCUCUUUGGUUAAGCGUGUGUAUUGUGAUUAUGUGUGUUUAUGUGUGUAGGCCAGUGAUUGCAUGUGUGGGUCAGUGAUAGUGUGUGUGUGUGUGUGUGUGUGUGUUUGUGGUUAUGUGGGUGUGUGUGUGUAUAUAAAUGUGUAUGUGUUUGGUAGAUAGCUCCCUUAUUUGGUGUCCUUAAAUAUAGCAAUCACACUUAAGGAUAACAAAUAAGGGAUUUAUCUACUAAACAACCGGAAGAUUCAAAUUAAGAAAAGGGCUUUUUAAAUUUUGAUCUUUUAGCUGUUUAGUAUAUAAUUCCCUAGACUGAUGCCCUCAUGUGAGAUUUUCAUAUUUAAAGAUACCAAAUUGGGGUGCUGUUUAGCAGAUAGCUCCCUUAAAUGGUGUCCUUCAAUAUCCCACAUAAGGAUAGCAAAUAGGGGAGUUAACUGUUAAAAAAAAGAUUGAAAUUAAGAGGUGUCAGCCAGCCUACAACAAGAAAUUUGGGUGGCUAAUAUGAAUUAUAUGCAAAUUUGUUGACUGAUGCCAACGUGCACUCUAUGCUGGCAUCAGACAGCCAAUGGCAGCACAUUACCCCAUCCCCUAGUGAAACGUUUUAGUGCCCCCCCAGUUUUGACUGUGGUAUCUUAUGUGCCCCCUCCCCCCCCCCAUAUAUUGUUCUUAGAGUCACCACUGUGUCUGCAUGUGUGUCAGUGUAUCUGUAUGUGACUGUGUGUCUAUGUAUAUAUGUGUGUAUAUGUGUAUACAUCUCAGAAUCUCGCCAACACUACACACAAAUACACCCCUGCAUUUCAACAUCAACACUACAUACAAACCCCACCAUUAUAUAUAACCACACCACUGCAUUAAAAAACCACACUACAUAAAAAUGCAUGCCUGCAUUCAAACGCCAACACCACAUACAAACACACACCCUUCAUUCACUAAUACAUAUUCCAUACAAAAACAUGCUUACAUUCAAAAACAUAAACACUGCUUAGUGCAAAAGAUAUUUUAAAAAAUUGUGUUUUUUUUAAAUUUUAUUUUAAAGUUGGGGGGAGGGCGGGGUGCCAAAAAUGGGACCCGCCCCGGGUACCAAAUGCUCUAGGUACACCCCUGCUUUCGGGUCAACUACUCUAGCCUUACAUUUGAAAUUCACUUGCAAUUCUCACUUUGGUGAAUAAUCCUGUGACUAAUUUAGCCUUCUGGCAGUUUAGUUUCUCACAAUUCAAAUAAAUUCCUUGCUAAUAUGUUCUUAACUCUACAGAUUCCCACAAUGACAUUGUAUUUCAAGAGGAAGUUAUUCUGCACAAAAAUGCCGCCUCCCUCUGCCUCAUGGAAAAACAUGUCUGCACGCCACUAAAUUACUCAACACAUGAAGUAAGGGAAUUUCUACACUGAAAUCAUGUUUUUCUUUUAUGAUAUUUUCAGAUUAAAAACAUCAAGAAUUUUUUAAAUUGUCUUUCACAGUUUUUAACAUUAACAGUAGGUUAAGCACAGACUUGGUUUAUCUAGAACUAAGUAACAAUCAUGAAUGUCUCCUAACAGGUGCUAUCAUGCUCUCCUGACCCAAACUCUUCCCACCUCUUGCCCUUCAUUACUGAGGCUGCUUUGAAUCUCAGCGACCCUGCUCUGCACCCACAUUCAUCUCAGACCAACUCCUAUCAUUCUCAGUCACCCUGUUUUGACUGUGUUACUCCCUCAAAUUAUACUGCAAUCCAAGCACUGUUGCUAUUAUGGUUCUUAUAUGGGUUAUGGUGCAAUUAGCUUCCCUGUGCCUGGAUCCCUUUAUUCUAUUCGUCAUAGAUGCAUCAUCAGAAAUAAAUUAUGCAGCUAUGUGUCCACCCUCAUGUUUCCCAUUGCCAUACAAGAUUUACAUACGGCAAAUAUAGAACAGCAAAGGAACAUGUUCUUACGUACCUAUUCAUGAAAUAAUCUAAACACGAAUUAAACUACUUGAUGAGUAAAAAUAAGCAGCAAGGCAUCUGGUAUCAGCUUGUCAAGUACCUUACUGCUGACAGCCGUUGUACUGUGUAUCCAAUAAAUCCCUUUUGCAUUUGAAAAUUAAAGGUAGUUUUGUUUUUAUGAACCCCUUUAUGAUUAGAGGUUUGUCAUAUCCCAGUUCUGGCAUAUCACCUCUAAAUGUGAAACUAUGAAUUGAAGGGAAUGUAAAAAAAAAAAUAAUUUGCCUAAUUAAUGGCAACAUGUGAACUGUGUAGGCCAGAUAUUUGGAAAAUCACUUUUGUAACAUUGAAAAGAACAAUUUUAAAAUCCAUACCUAACUCUGUAAGGAUGUAUACUAAUGUACAAUACACUGAUAAGUGUUUUGCCUUCACAAUGUCCUUCCAGAUGCCAAGUACCAAUGACCACUUCAGGCAGAAUAUAGUGAAGGCCUACUUGUCGAACCGCUGUUUUAAGGUGAGCAAAAGGGUGUGAUGUGAAGUCUCCGGUCUUACGUUGGCAGAGAGUUAUGGGAUUUGCUCAGCCCAGAGAAUGAAGAUAAUGGGAGUGCCAAUACUGGCUAAAUGAUUUUGAACUGCUUCCUGUGCAGAAUUUGCUGUAGUAGAUGCAAAUAAUUAUAGAUCUAUAUAUUUUCAUUUAAAGGAACUCUUAGAGCCAAAUACCAACUCCAGACAGCUGAGAGCAUUAUGUUGCCAAGAGUGUCCUGUUGUCCUCUUAGUGGUCAAACAGGUUGAGAACGGUUUGACAACUUACUUAGGUUCCACUGGGCGCAUGUCCCCUACUCUUGUGCCUCUGGAAGCUUUCUGCUGUGAGCUAAGACCAGCAGGGAAGGGCUUAGCUCAUUGGAUGAGAGCGCUCAGCUGACACUCUCAGCCAGUGGGCCUGUCGUCCAUGGCCCCAGGUACGUUGUCCCACAUUUCUCAAACUGUUUGAUUACUUACCCUGUAAGGGCUCCAGGGCAUGUCUGGCACUUUAAUCACUACAGUGGUCUUAUGGAGUGUUAAAAAGCAGAUGCACUUCAGUUGUAGGUCUCUAGGAUUUAUAUCUUACAAAAGUAGUGUCCAAAAGGUAGAUCCCAGAUGCUGUAGAACUACAACUCCCAUUAUGCAUUGCAUGCCUUAAUUUUGACAAAGCAUUGUGGAAGCUGUAGUUUUAAAACAUCUGGGAAAUCUACCUUUUGGGCACCACUGUUAUAUACAAACUCUACAAGGUCAAAUGUAGCAUACCUGUGUUUUAAUCUCACAAUAGAAAUAAGGAAGCUGCUUAAUUGAAAAAAAUAAUACAGGUCCUUGCUUUCACUAAUGUGUUUACUUAUGUGUAAGUACGUGUCACCGUGAUAUUUCUUUCAAAUGAGUAUUGAGGUUAAUUGCUUUCAUUUUACAGUAACUCCUUCCUUUCCUCCUCCAGGACAGUUUUUACUGUGUGAUUGAUUCAUCUAAGUGUCAGGAAUGUUUUGGAAAUUCAUUAGAGGGGAAUUUUGUUAUGCCACCAAAAAGAGUAAUUGCAUUAGGUAACAGCGAAUUAAAAGAAAAAUCGCUGGGGGCCUCUUUGUUGCACAUACCUGAAUAAUUGACAUAUCAGUACAUUAUCAUGGCAAUAAGCCAUACAACAAAAAUGUUAGCACAGCAAGGUGCUUAUUCCCUAAGCAAUGGGUUUUGAGAGAUGGCAGCUGUGUUGCAGAUUUGAGACCAAAAAUGGCUCAGACAUUUUACCUAAGUUACUGAACUCUAUUGCUAAAGGGACACUGUAGACACCCAGAUCUCCUCACUAGAGGCACUUUCACCGAAAUAGCAGAAUAAAACUCUGCUAUUGCAAUCAUAUGGACUCAAAGAGACAAUCUGAUUGGUGCAGUGCAUCGUUUUGCUGCAAAUGUGUACAGUAUUAGCAUUUAUGUUCCUAUGGGAAAGCAUUGGAUUGGCUGAGAUCAUCGAAGAUCUCAGUAAUCAGUCAAUGAAGAUGUACCUUUUUUACUUCCUACACGUGAGGCCAAAAUAGCACUAUAGAGUUAGGAAUACAAAUUUGUAUUCCUAACGCUAUAGUGUUCCUUUAAAAAAACACUAUAGUGUCAGGAAUCCAAACGUGUAUUCCUCACACUGAAGUGUUAAAAACACAUUUUAAGUGGCUGCCACUUGCCUCCGUUAAAAAUGAAAAAACGUACCUUUAUUCCCAGUACUAUGAGGUACAUAUAGAGUCGUGAUUUUAUGUGUAUCUUAUAGUGCUGCGAUUUGUGUCCUGAUUACUAGUUACUGUUGGGGUUUUAUUUAUAUAUGUAUAUAUACCGUGUUUCUCCGAAAAUAAGACCGGGUCUUAUAUUAAUUUUAGUCACAACAAACACACUAGGGCUUAUUUUCAGGGUAGGGCUUAUUUAUUUACGGUACCGGUAUGUACAUUGAACCUCCCCCUUUAAUUAAUCCACCCCCCCUUUAAUAAAUCCACCCCCCUCGAAUUAAUCCAGCCCACCCUUUAAUUAAUUCACCCCCCGUUAAUUAAUUCACCCCCCUCUAAUUAAUCCAGCCCACCCUUUAAUUAAUUCACCACCCCUUAAAUUAAUUCACCCCCCUCUAAUUAAUCCAGCCCACACUUUAAUUAAUUCACCCCCCUUUAAUUAAUUCACCCCCCUCUAAUUAAUCCAGCCCACACUUUAAUUAAUUCACCCCCCUUUAAUUAAUUCACCCCCCUCUAAUUAAUCCAGCCCACCCUUUAAUUAAUUCACCACCCCUUUAAUUAAUUCACCCCCUCUAAUUAAUCCAGUCCAUCCUUUAAUUAAUUCACCCCCCUUUAAUUAAUUCACCCCCCUCUAAUUAAUCCAGCCCACCCUUUAAUUAAUUCACCACCCCUUUAAUUAAUUCACCCCCUCUAAUUAAUCCAGCCCACCCUUUAAUUAAUUCACCACCCCUUUAAUUAAUUCACCCCCUCUAAUUAAUCCAGCCCACCCUUUAAUUAAUUCACCACCCCUUUAAUUAAUUCACCCCCUCUAAUUAAUCCAGCCCACCCUUUAAUUAAUUCACCACCCCUUUAAUUAAUUCACCCCCUCUAAUUAAUCCAGUCCACCCUUUAAUUAAUUCACCCCCCUUUAAUUAAUUCACCCCCCUCUAAUUAAUCCAGCCCACCCUUUAAUUAAUUCACCACCCCUUUAAUUAAUUCACCCCCCUCUAAUUAAUCCAGCCCACCCUUUAAUUAAUUCACCCCCCCUUUAAUUAAUUCACCCCACCCCCUUUAAUUAAUUCAAUUAAUCCCAGACAUAAAAUAUCUAGCGGUACUCACAUUUCAAAGAUUCCUUGCCGAGUCCGACCACUGGGAGCCUCACCGCCCGGAAAUGGAUCCUUCCGCUGAAGAUCCGUGAAGGCAGACUGACGGCGCUGCAAAAUGUCGUCAUCACGUUGCGCGAUGCUCCUCCUACAGCAGAAGAAGGAAGUCUCGCCGCAAAGGUACAAUGCCUAGGUCUUAUUUUCGGGGUAGGGCUUAUAUUGCAGCCCACCCCGAAAAUCCGACUAGGGCUUAUUUUCGGGGUAGGGUUUAUUUUCGGGGAAACACGGUAAAUAAAACUCCACUAUGUAGUGCAUCUGCUCUCCCUUCUAGUGACUGCUUCCUUUGGACAUUUUUGAUGAUUUUGUAUCCCUUUCUCUGGCUUGGAUACUUUUAUUUAAGUGUUACAUCUUGAUUUGUAGUUGUUUUCCUAACAGCAUUACAAGUAUAGGUGCUCACUCAAGGAUAUGUACAAUACCCCUACAGUUUUAUUGAUUCCUUAAAUAAUUUGUUUUCCUCUAGUGUGUGGAUUUUAUUUAAUUAAGUUUAUGUAUUGAUUACUACAAUAUUAUUAUCAUUUAAUUCUAUUUUGAACAUGAACACUCACACUAGAUUUCCUAUUGUUUCUAUACACUUAUCUCAAGUCGCUCUCUUUAGUGUGAUACAGCCCUUACUAAUUUAUCUAUGACCCACAUAUAUUUAUUUUUGGUAUUAUCUAAUAACUUUUUAUGCAGCUUAAAUAGAAUUUAGAACAAGAACAAUCUUAUUUACACAGACUGUUUUCUAAACACAUUUAUUGUAGUUUAAAGACACAUUACUUUGAGUUUUACUGCUGUGGAGCUCUGGUAUACACCCAGGCACAUGAACAAUAUGGGGAAAAAAAAUAGGUACUUUAGCACAGAAAAGUGGGACAGAUAAAUUUGGGCCCAAAAAUGAGACUAUCCCUCUUAAAUAGGGACACUUGGGAGGUAUGGGGCAGUGGAUUUCCUCAUUAUCUGUUUAAAUUUGAAUGGCAAAGUUAAGCUAAAAUGGUUUAUUAUUCAAUAGACAUAUAAUUUGGGGGGAGAAAUGCUAUAUUUAUAAAAAUAAAUAAAAUAAAAAAGUAAUAAUUACACAUCUCCUUUCUUCCUAGAUAUGGAAUGAUAAUGAAAAUAAUGAGGUGGUUGUCUGCUCUGUGGGUGAGUGCACCAAAUUAAAAUGUACUUUAGGUAAAUACAGGUUACUUAUGUAUGAGAUAUCCUGUAACUACUGGGACCUGGUGGGUUCAACCAUAAAUAAUAAAUAAAUAAAUCUUUGCAAAACUACCUGAAAAAGGAGACAAGCAAAAUAACAGCGAGAACAUUUUAAAACAUUUUUUUUGACAUCCUUCAUUUUUCAUAUUGGAAAGCUUCCCUUCUGUCCAACUCUUUGUUGAUAAAAAAAAAAAGCCCCUAAAUAUAAGUUUAAUAAUGAUUACAGCGCUGGGACUCCUCCACUGCAGCCUCCAGUUUCUCCUUCCGUAAUGUUGGCAUCCAAGUUGUAGUCCAUUGCUUCUAACAGAGAAGUAUCAGCAGCAUGCGAUACCCAGAUCAAGGUUUACUCGGUCUGGAGGAGGAAGCGUCUCUAGUGGUUGUCAGGAAUAAAGCCGCUAGAGGUGAAUUUAAGCGUGCAAUGUAAACAUUGCACUUUCUAUAAAACUUUGCUGUUUUACGUUGCAGAGUCAAACGUACCACUGCACCCAGACUGCUUCAUUGAGAGGAAGUGGUCUGGGGACUACAGUGUUCCUUUAAUCUGCUCAGUGUCCAUGUUCACCAACCUCCUUUUUCUGGUAUAAUAUAUCUAGAUGGCUGGGUAAUCUCAGGACAUACUUUAUUAUGAAUUUUAUUAGUAAAAAAAAAUAGAAAUUACAAAACAUAAUUUACACACUACUGUAACGUUUCAAAAAAAUGGAUAUAUUAUGCAAGCAGUAUUUUAUGUUUCUUAAGGAGAUGGCUCUUUUUAACGGAAAUUGGUUGGACAUAAUAUAAUAGCAUUAUUUUAAUGUGCAGUUAAGCAUUAUCUAUGGAAUGUGUUAAAACAGGUCUUUCGAAUGUACAGAUCAGUGGUCGUUUUAGAAAUACACACCGCAGGCCCAUAACUCAGUCAGAGAUGGCACAAUGGUACCCACAGGAGGUUUACAUUUGUGCAUGUGGUACAGUAACCUCUUUAAUUUGCCCCAAAAUAUAAAUAUUGUAGGACAGACUAUAGGAAGUGACAGGAUAGGGUGCAACAGCUCUGCAGCCACUUCUGUGUACAGAUAUGGGCUAUCCUAUUUAUUUUUUAAUUGACUACUAAGUUAUAAUACAACUAAUAAAACACCAUGACAGAAGCCUGUUAUGCCAUGCACAGCUUGUGUCUUCACAUUACCACAAAAAGCAUUUAAUUUAUAAAUACGGAGCUUACAUGUCGCAGCAUGUUAAAGUCACAUUAACUCUUUCUUAUAAUCCCCAAAUGUAACUGUGAUGGGUGCAUUCCCUUUAAUUAUAUUUACCUGUUUCUGUCUAAAGGUCAUUAGGGAAAUCCCCAAGUUGUUUCACCAUCUCCCCAGCUACAUAACCCUUCACCCAAUGUCAAUAUGUGUUCUGUGCAUGAGCCAAGAAAAAUGCUUUACAAGGGCUUAAAUUCAACUGAAUGUCAUUGCAAGUGGGCAACAGAAAAUUAAAUAAAUAACAAUGUCUUAAUAAAGAGCUUGGAACAAUAGGAACAUAUUGUGCCUUCCCUUGCGUAAAUAAACACCAGCCCUUGGACUUUUUCACCUUUCAUAGUGCUCAACGUAGAAAUUAAAUUGUAUUUCAUUGUGAUUUUUAGAAUAACUAACAACUUUGAAGAAUGCUAAAUAAAUAAUAACCAGAGCUGUUUUUGAUUCAUUUUUGUUUAAUACCUUUUUUUGUCACAGUAAAAAAAAUAUAUAAUAAUUUGUACCUUCAAUUGUAUGCAGAGAAACUAAUGAUAACAUUCCAAAAAAAUACAUUUUAAAAUCUAGUUUGUAACACCUUUUUAUGCUAUAAGUGUAGCAUUGUUAUAUUCUAAUUAAUGCUUAAUUAUAAUAAUAAUAAUAAUUUUAUACAGCCUCGGGAGAUCCAAUACACUGCCUCCAUUUGCUAGUAUUUUCUCAGAAUUUCCUAUUAGCCAUUGAAUAAUUUUGGACAUCCCUGUACAAAAUCAUCAUCUUUUUUUCUAUUAAGAUCCUCUAAGCAAAUGUUAGGACACACAUCAUUUUCCAUUACAUUAAAGUCAUAAAUAAAAUUAGAAAUUGAUCAUUUGCUAUAACAUUGCCUGUAAGGUAUUUCAGAAAAGCACGUUCCAAUCAUUGGCCUUGAUUUCAUAUUUUUGGAUAAGCUUUUCAAAUUAUUAUUAUUUUUUUAUUUUAUGAACUUUAAAAAUUAUUUUUAAAAAAAUAUUAAAAUAUAUUAUAUAUAUAUAAAAAAAAUCAAUAGACCAAAAUAUUAAAAUAUCUUUAAAAAUUUAAAAUUUUAACCAAAAAAAUACUAAAUCAUUAGCGAUGAUGAUUCAGCAUCAACAUUACCAGGUAACAAGUAAUAAUAAUAAUAAUAAUAACAAAGUAUUUAACCAGUAAAGGUACAUUCAGAUUACACUGUAAUGAGUUCAUUGUAUACAGCAGGAAGGUAACCUCACACAUAAGAUUAAAAAAAAAAUCAUGGCACAAAAAACAUCACAUCCAAAUAGGAUAUGAAAGAAUUGCCUCCAUAUUGUAAAACCCUCAGAAUAUACCUAUUCACCCAAUACCUUAAAAAUCUGUUAAAUUAUCUGUGAAUUCUGCUAAUUCACUAUGAGAAUAAAGCACGCCAUUAGCUACUAAGAGAGUCUGCAUAUAGAUUUUGAUCCUUAACAUCUACUGGGAUAAACAUACAUCUUGAGAAUUGACCUGUAAAUCUGUAAAUUGUAAAACACUUUUUUUUCUGUUUGUACAGUGAAACGGCAGAGAUGGCUUGUGUUUGGAUUAGUAGCAAUGUUUUGUGUGCUGAUCCUUGCAAUUGCAUCAACGAAGACACUCACAAGUAAGAGAUUACCUUUGUUUCCACUGUUAAAUUUACAUAAUUCUCUAUUUUAUGUAGAGAAACCUCCUUUGAGCGUAUGUCACUAAGUGAGAUCUCAGCCAAAGGAAAAAUCAAACACCUGUGUUGCAUAUUUCCUGUAGUCGCUGCAGAAACAAAAUAUUGAACUUCAAAAAUAUACCAGUGUUAUUUCUCAUCUCUCUCUGUACAUAUCUGUUUCACAUAGCUGAGCCUGUUGCACGCUCUCUAUGCAGUUGAAGGGGGAAAAUAAAAAGAAGAAGUAGCUUAGUUUAUUAAAGAUUGCAAGCUCUUGUAGUCACAUGCAGGGCCGGUGCAAGGAUUUUUUGGGAAAGAUGAUUUUGGCCCUCCCCCCAAAAAAAGCAUCUUCACCUGUGUGCCUCUUAAACCACCUUUUGUCUCUUAUCUCCUUUUUUUUUUUAAAUUUGUAUUUUAUUAUUUUCAAAAUGCUGUUUAGGAUACAGAAUAUAGUCACAGCAGUUUUGAGUACAUGCGUAAGCUUGUUUCAUGUUGCUUCAUGUGCAUUAUCGCCUUUAUUUCUACGUGAUUUGAUGCCUAGGUAAUUGUUAGGUGAGGAGGUCCCCCCUUAACCAGAGUUGGGAUCUUAGAUGGCCGAUUUAGCCUAUUCUGUUGUUAUGCAUAGUCUGUAUAGCUUGUGGUGGCGUCUCAGUCAACUGGUCCCUAGUUAGCGGGUUCUGAAUAUGCUUGAAUUAUACCUUGUCUUUGUUGGUUAAGUGGGUAUAUAAGUGGGUAUUCCCUAUGGUGGGACGAGAACUUGGUAGAGGAUGGAGGGGAGGGAAAACCUGGUGGGGUGGAUGGGGGACGAGUGUGUGAGAUUGCUGUAUGUGUUUUGUCUUUAUCUGAGACAGGGUCUUGGUAUUCUCAUGUGAGAGUUAUCAUAUUUGCUUCCUUAUUUCGUCACUAUUUUACAGGUUUUGCCCUAUCGUCCCUCCUGUUUCGUCCACCUCCCCCUCCCAGUCUCCCCAACUCAAAUUUCUUUUGUGGAGAUACUAUCGCCAUUCUUUCAUAUAUUUUGUACUGAGUGAGUUUGGUUUGGAGUUGGGCUAAGGAUGGGCAGGUCUGUGAUUUCCAAUGUAGUGCUAGCAAGUUCCUUGCCAUCAGUAUAGUAAGAGCUGUGACUUGUUUUUGUGCUAGGGUUAGUUUAUCUGGGAGCAACAGCAGGAGGCAUGAGGGUUUUGUUAAUUGGAAUUUGGGGAUGUGUAAUUGUUCCAGUGUUGUAGUUACGGCGGUCCAGAGGGGUUGGACUCUGUUGCACGACCACCACAGACGCUCCAAGGUAUCUAUAAUCUUAUUGCACCUCCAGCAAGUAUGGGGUGUGUUGGGGUAUAUGCAGUGAAGCCUCUGUGGGGUCAUAUACCAGCAGUAGAGGAGUUUUUUUCUGGGCUUCAAUGUGUGAGUAGCACUUUGUCCAUUUAGAGAGGUCGUUGAGGGCACGCAACCAGUCACAAUCCGUCAGCACUACUCCGCAGUCUAUCUCCCAUUGAGCUUUAUAGGGGUGCAAUUUAGUUGUUGAGAGUUCUUGCCAUGCUUUGUAACAUAGUGUGAGUGUUUUGGGUUUUGUAGGUGUUGCCCAACACCUGUCUAGGAUUAAGUGGGAGGUGCUUCUGGUUGUAUCUUGUAUUUUGUAUGGUGGCGGUGCGUGUGCCUGUAUUGCACUUUUCAGUUGUAAAUAGGAAAAAAUUGCUCUGUUCGGGAUCUGCCACUGUGUUUGUAGGACUGGGAAUGGUAUCAUGCCUUUGGUGUCUAAGAGCUGUGAUAUUUUUGUUAACCCUGCGUCGUUCCAAUCCUUGAGAGGGAUGUUGGGUAGUUACAUAGUUACAUAGUUACAUAGCUGAAAAGAGACUUGCGUCCAUCAAGUUCAGCCUUCCUCAGAAAUGUUGUUGCUGUUGAUCCAAAAGAAGGCAAAAAACCUGGUCUGAAGCACUUCCAAUUUUGCCACAAACUAGGAAAAAAUUCCUUCUUGACCCCAAAAUAGCAGUCAGAUGUCUCCUUGGAUCAAUCAGCUAUUACCCCACUAAUUAGAAAUUAUAUCCCUGUAUGUUAUGUUUUUGUAAGUAUUUAUCCAAUUUCAGUUUAAACAUCUGUAUGGACUCUGACAAAACCACCUCUUCAGGCAGAGAAUUCCAUAUCCUUAUUGUUCUUACUGUAAAAAAACCUUUUCUUUGCCUUAGAUGAAAUCUCCUUUCUUCCAGCCUAAAUGUGUGACCUCGUGUCCUAUGUAUAACCCUGUUUAUGAAUAGAUUUCCAGAUAAAGGUUUGUACUGGCCCCGAAUAUAUUUGUAUAAAGUUAUCAUAUCCCCUCUCAGGCGCCGUUUUUCCAAACGAAACAGAUUUAAUUUUUGUAACCUUUCUUCAUAACUAAAAUGCUCCAUUCCUUUUAUCAAUUUUGUAGCUCGUCUCUGGACCCUCUCCAGUGCCAUGAUAUCCUUCUUUAGAACAGGCGCCCAAAAUUGCACAGCAUAUUCAAGGUGUGGUCUUACCAGCGAUUUAUAAAAAGGCAAAAUUAUAUUUUCAUCCCGAGAAUUUAUGCCCCUAUUAAUACAUGACAAAAUCUUACUGGCCUUAGCAACUGCAGAUUGACAUUGAAGGUACUAUUGUUUUUAAGGCUAAAAUUGGGGAUUUGGUGUGUAAUGUGUCCUUGCAGCCUAUAGUCUCCACAAAGGUGUCCCAUAGGGAUAUUGUGAGUAAUGUGGUUGGGAAUAAGUCAGUGCGUUUGGUUCUGAACUUCCUCGGUGACCACAGGUAGUCAGUUAGAGGGAUGUUUAGUUGUGCAGUGGCAGAUAUUGAGGGUGCUAUCUUUACCCCCAAGUACGUGAUUGAGUUUGAUUUCCAGUCAAACUGGUAGGAGGCACGGAGUACGUCCAACAGGGACUUUGGUAGGUUUAUGGGCAAGGCUUGGGUCUUGUCCUGAUUCAGGCGAUAGUAUGAGAUGUUACCGAAUUGCUGUAGGAGGUCUAAUAGGGGAUCAAGAGAGCGUUUUGGGUCUAACAGAGCUAUAAAGAUGUCGUCCGUAAAUAAGGCUUGACUGUACAUCUUGUUGUGAAUAUUGACUCCUGGUAUCUCGGUGUGUGAUUGGAUCCUUUGGGCUAGGGGUUCUAGGGCGAGUAUGUACAGAAGGGGUGACAGGGGGCAUCCCUGGCGGGUACCAUUCGUGAUGGAGAAUGGAGUGGAGAGGAACCCUCCGUGUGAUACUUUUGUUGCUGGGUGAUGAUAUAGUGCCAUGAUGCUUGUUAUGGUAGCCGUGGGAAAGUUGAAUUGUGAUAAAACUUUAGUCAUGUAGGCCCAGUUUAGGCAAUCGAAGGCCUCCUCCACAUCUAAGGCGAGGAGAAGGCAUGCCGAUUGUUUGGACUCCAGUGCCGAGAUCAUGUUUAGUGUUUUCCUGGUGUUAUCUGAGCCCUGGCGGCCUCUUAUGAACCCGGAUUGAUCGUUGUGGAUUAUUUUAUGCAGGAGGGGGGCAAGGCGGUAACUAAUCAACUUCGCAUAUAGUUUGGCGUCCCCAUUGAGGAGGGAGAUGGGCCGAAAGUUUUUGCAUUGCGUGGGGGGUUUGCCUGGUUUGGGGAGAGUAGAAAUAUGCACUAAGAGCAUUCCAUUUGUAAGUGCGCCCGUUGUGGCGCAUUUGUUUACGAGUUGUAAGAGUAGUGGCGCUAUCGUUGGCGAAAAGGUUUUGUAGUAUUCGUUUGUUAGACCAUCGGGACCUAUUGAUUUAUGUGCUGGAAGUUGUAAAAAUGGUUUUGUGAGUUCGUCUAGAGAGAAGGGUCGUUUCCGGGGUAUUAGGUCAUCCUCUGUCAGCUUGGGUAGGUUUAAAUUAGACAGGAAUUCGUCUAUUUUAUCUGGGGCUGGCAUUACCACCUUAGGGUCCUGUUCAAGAUUGUAUAGUUCGCCGUAGUAUUGAGCAAAUUGGUCUACAAUGUUUUGGGGGUUCAUUAUUUUUUUGCCCUUGGAGUCAUUGAGGAAGGCGAUCCUGGAGGCAACAUUCCUUCGUUUUAUUUGUGAUGCUAAAAUAGCACCAGCUCUGUUGCCACUCAUGAAAAAAUUGUGUUUGAGUUUCCUGAAUAAGUAUGUAAUUUUAGCUAGUUCAAUGUUGUUUAGCUUGUUUUGGAGAGCUAAGAGGUUUGUUUUUGUGGUAGAGUUUGGUUCUUUUUUGUUUGAAUGUGUCAGGGUUUGGAUUUCUUCUAAGAGUUUGGUGUAUUCUGCUGUUCUCUGUUUUUUAGCAUAGCUAGCGUGUUUUAUAAAGCUGCCUCUUAUGUGCUAGCCAGAUUUGUGCUAUCGCGGAGUUCUCUGUUGUGUUUUCAGCAGUAUAGUUUUGUAAAUCUUUUGUUAUCUGGGAGACUAUCGUUGGGUCUGUUAAAAGGGACUCAUUAAGUCUCCAUGAGCUUGAUCCUUCAUUGGCGAAUGAUUCUCUAAUGCUGAGCGUGAUGGGAGCGUGGUAAGACAACGUCAUUACCCCAAUUGUGGCUCCCUCUAUUUGGGCCAUCGAUGUGGCGGGGAUGAGGAAUCUAUCUAUCCGUGAAUAGCUGUUGUGGGCUGCCGUGUAGCAUGUAUAGUCUAUUUCCAUCGGGUGUAGGAUGCGCCACGGGUCUACCAUGCGGGCUGCUGUUAGGGUGGAGCAUAUUCUUGUUGUUAGUGUGGUUCUGUGUUUCAAUGUGCAACUCUUAAUUUGGGCUGUGUAAGAAUCCAGUCUGCUAUCUAAUAAAAAAUUGGUGUCGCCUCCAAUAAUCACCUCCCCGUGUUUGUACAUGUCAGUUAAUGCUAGGAUCAUUUGUAAAAACUCCUUUUGGUUUGCGUUAGGGCUGUACAUAUUGAUCAGGGUAUACGGUGCAUUGUUCAACAUACAUUGCAAAAUUAAAUAUCGACCUUUUUUAUCACUGAUUUUUCUAACCAAUGAGAAUGCUACAUCUUUACUAAUCAUAGUGGAGACCUCCCUUUUCUUAGCUGAGUAACAUGUGAAAAUCAUGUGGAUACUAUUUUGAGGUGAAUUUGGGUCUGGAGUUCCAUUUGAAAUGGGUCUCCUGAAAAAAUUCUACUUGGGCCCCACAUCUCUUCGCUUCUUGUAUGGCUAGUCUCCGCUUAUUGGGGGAGUUAAGCCCCUUGGUAUUUAGGGACAUGAGUUUAAUCACCAUUGAGCCAUUGCUUAAUGUACUGUGGUGGGGGUUUGUAUUUCUUAACUAUUUCAGUGACUAUCACAUUAUGUUUGAAUUGGUCAGUACCUUGGGGCAUUGCGUUCUCAGGGGUUCUAGAUACUCUGUAACCCAGUACAGCAAAUGUAUUAUGCUUGCAGGACACACUCUGUGGGGGGGUGGUGAGGGAGUGGAAAGAAAAACAGGGGAAUAAACUAUAUACAAUGUUCCGUAAGUCACUUUUCGGUGACAUUUGAGUGCCUGGGGCAACGGAGAAGUAUGGCUACUGGAGCCUUGGGGGUGUAUUACACAGGGUCAGGGUAUCGAAGAUCUUGGUAAAUAUGAGAUCUACAACAACUUAAGUUGAGCAUAGUGCAUCUGGGUGUUACUCACCCGUUGCAGCUAGGCAUAUGGCCUUCCAUUAAACCUUUUGCAUGGUGGUAAGGUAAACAACAAUUAUAACAUAAACCAGAAAUGGUGUUAACCUGUCCGGUAAGUCUAUUGGAGUUGCUGGUGUGACAGUGUACAUUGGGUCUCUCAAGUCGGUGAUGUUUCUGGGUCUGUUCGUGCCUGGGAGGCUCUGGGAACUUGCAACCAUUCCUUAGGGAGUGUCUUUGGCGCUUGGGUUGUUGCUUGUUUCUUCCGAGGGCUGGUGGUUAGGAACGGUAUGUUCCAUUCUUGCAACAUUCUUUUGCCGUCUUCUGGAUUCAUAAUGGGCUUGUCUACACCAUUUAUUUUGAUUAGUAGUUUUGCAGGGAAGCCCCACUUGUAGGGAGUAUUUGCAUUUGAAUUUGUCGCUGGGCAGUUUUGCUCCUGGUGAUUGUCGCCUGCUUCAUAGCUGUGAGCACGUGAGUGCUGUCCGUCGGCGCCAUCUUGAUUUUUCGGCUCUGCGUUUUGGGGCCUCUCUAAAUGAGAGUUUAGCGUUUUUUGUUUUAGUUUUUUCGUGGCCAUUUGGAGCGGGGAUGUUUACCUAUUGUUGUGCGCGUUUUUGUGAGGUUUAUCUCGCUGUAAAAGCCGUUGUAAAGUCGCAGGCCGGGAGAGCUCCGGUUCAGCACGUCCACUCACAUGCACGGUCAGGACACGCCCCCCCUCUUAUCUCUAUUUUGACAUUUUUUAAAUUAAUUUUUCCAGCUCCUUUGUGUGUUUCUCUUUCACCACCAGCCUGUCUAUCUCCCCCCAGCCCCUCUGUGUCUCUUUUUCCUCCUCUCCAGCCCCUCUGUGUUUCUUUCACCCCAUCCCCUUUGUAUUUCCACCCACAGGCCUUUCUGUGUGUCUUUAAAAAAAAAAAAAAAAUUUUAAUCUUUAUUUUAGUUGUGCAGGUGAGUACAAAGCAUAAUCAUACGCCACAACAGCAUGCAUUUAUAUUUGAACAUAGAUAGAUGAAACAGUGGUAUAUAUAAUUUGCACAUUUUUGUUUUGAAAAACACAAUGAUAUGUCUAAACUAUAAUUAUCUGUUAGCUAGUUAACUCGCUUGCAGCCUCCUGCUUGUAGCAUCCUGGCAGAGAUGGCUCUCUUAGUUAGGGUACAGGGAACAAGCUAGUAAAGCGGUAAAGCAUGGCGCUGAUCACACUGUCAGCCUAGGUCAGGGAAUUGAUACUAUCCUAUGCUCCCCUGAAAUGUAAAGCCUUCGGCAACUAUUCUUAAGGUUAAUCACUAUUGGAUGUCUAGCAGGUUGUAAAUUGUAAAGGAAAAGUCGCUGGCACAGAGGAUGGCUUUAAGUGUAAUAGAACCCCCGGGGGCCCCCUGAUAAGCUAAAAACAUAAAAGCAUAAAAACCUACCCCACAUGGCAUAUAGUAGCAACAGAGAAAAACAGAAAUGUUCACCCCACAUCGUAAAGCAGCAGAAGGGGUAGUGGCGUGAUGCUAGUCACGAAAACGUGCAGCGUUCUGUCCCCAGGUUAGCCAAUUCCCCGCUGGGAUGGCUCAGCGUCCAGCUGUGUGAGUCUUGUUAUCUAGCUCGGGGGCUCAGCAGAGUGAAGGCGAACAGAGAGAGGUCAACAGGGAUGGUGUUAAUAGUAAGGUACUCCCUUGUUGGUUCUUAGCAGACCCCGAUGCCACUCGUGUAACUGUGCUGAGGGGAGGUGGACUCAGUGGGAAGCCGGAGGUCAUCUCCGUGGGUUCUCAUGCUUGGUGUGCAUUGUGGCAUGGUUGUGGUCUGCCUGAUUUCCCAAAGGGUCCGACAUGUUCCGUCGCACGCAUGGGGCCCAUGCCCAUCCAGCUGGCUCGAGUCAGCCGUGGUCCUCCGGGAUUCCCGCCGCUGCAAGGCUCUUAGGUGAGGAGGUCUGCAGCGCUUUCUAUUAGGCCGGUUCUGGGAGUGUGCUCCAGAAGUGGCCCUUUGUGGGUGUUCUGCCACCAUGGUCGCCAUCUUCAGGUGGCUUUUUGUAUCCCGCCACUUGGCUCUUCGAGGUAAGUAGUAUGAUGGGUUGGUGGGUAUAGUCUCCGGCUUUGAGGGGUUCAUGUGAGCCUCUAGUUUCUGCCAGAAGGCUUGAAAUAUUUUAUUUAGCCGAAGCUCCGUCUUCAUCUUUGCUCUGUCCAUGUCCGCGGCGGAGCAGCUGACGGCCAUUUUGUGUGCCACAUGUGGAGUUUGUUGGUGGUUCCGCUUUAGCGUCGCUUGGUCGUGGCUGUGUAGGAGGGACAUGUGGGGGUAGACCGGGAUAACCCCCAUCAGUACAAAGGGGGGGACAGGGGUUCUCGUGCUGAUUGUCGGCGGGUUGCAGUGGUAGGAGAGCGGCCGUCCCUCCUACGCCUGUAGUGUUGGUAGGCCUCACCAUGGUUCCAGGUGCAUGCUGCUGUGAAUGUCGCUUGGGUGGUGUCAUUCUAUGCUCCUUGAUGUCACCUCUCCCCUGGUGGCCUGUUGGUGUCGAGUGGUCGCCUUUAUAGCUGUGAGAUUUGGCUUUUUCUGCCCCAGAUAGUCAGAGCUGCUGAGGCUUGCGUCCUCUCAGCUCUGUGGUCAGGCCCCGCCCCCCGUGUGUCACUUUCAUCACCAGCCCCUCUGUACAUCUUCCUCACCCCCAGGCCCAUCUGUGUGUCUUUCUCCCCCCUCAUGUCCCUCUGUGUGUGUCUUUCUCUCCCUCCCAUAUCCCAUAGUGUUCCUCUCUCCUCCCCUCCAUGUCCAUUAGUGAUGCUCUCCCCUACCCUUCCUAUCCAUUAGUGGUCCUCUUCCCUGUCCCUUAGUGUUCCUCUCUCCUCCCCUCCAAGUCUCUUAUUGUUCCUCUCCCCUCCCUUCCCUGUCCCUUAGUGUUCCUCUCUCCUCCCUCCCCUGUCCCUUAGUGUUCCUUUCCCCUCCCUCUCUUGUCCCUUAGUGUUCCUCUUCCCCUCCUUACCUGUCUCUUAGUGUCCACCAUUCCCCUUAAUGUUUCUCUCUCUCCCCCCUGGUGUUCCUCUCCCCUCCCCUCCAUAUCCCUUAUUGUUCCUCUCCCCUCUCUUCCCUGUCCCUUAGUGUUCCUCUCCCCUCCCUCCCCUGUCCCUUAGUGUUCCUUUCCCCUCCCUCUCUUGUCCCUUAGUGUUCCUCUUCCCCUCCUUACCUGUCUCUUUGUGCUCACCAUUAAUGUUCCUCUUUCUCUCCCCUAGUGUUCCUCUCCCCUCCCUCUCUUUUAGUGGUUGCCCCACUAUACCAUAGUGUUUCCCCCCCCCUCCCCUGUCCCAUAGUGUUCUUUCCCCUCCCCCCAUUAGUGUUUCUCCCCCUUCCCUCCCACCUUUCUUGUAGCGUGGUCAAGCCAAGCAGACCGCGGUACAGGAGGAUCUGUUUCCUGUACCUGGCCAGAUUGACAGGAACUGCUCUCUCAGUGAGCACUUACUGUCAGUCCGGCCAGGUACAGAAAACAGAUCCUCCUGCACCGCGGUCUGCUCGGCUCGACCACUCUACACUGAGUGACCGGCAGGAGGGAGCGAUGUGUGUCCACCUCCUGCCAGUCACUCUAAUUUAGCGCCCCACGGGCUGGUGUGCCGCCUUAUGGACACGCCGGCCCUGGUCACAUGUCUGAUGUUGUAUAGAACAAAUGUGAGGUGAAGCAGUUGUUAGGAGCUGUCUGAGCAAGGGAAGAUUUGCGAGAGAAGUGAUUGCAAAAAAAAAAAAAAAGGGGGGUAACAGUACACAUGUGGAGAAAAAAAGAAGACCAUAUGGUAGGUCAAAAUUAUACAAGGAAUGAAGGAAAAAAUAAAUUCUCCUCCCAUAAUUUUUUGUUGCAGACAUUAAUAGGAUUAUUGCAGUUUAGGGGAAACGUCUUUCGUGAGAUGGUCUAGAUCAAUAUUAUUAGCUCAAGCACAGGAUUACUCAAAUAUGUUACUUAAAACAAUUAGCUAGGAAAUUAAAAGACUGUUUGCAAAAACAUUUUCAAACUCUGUUUUCUUUUUAUAAUAAUAUUAUCCUACAAGUGUUAACACAAUACCUUAUUUUGUUUUGCUGUUCAAACAGAAUGGGUGAAAUCAAUGACUUCAUAUUCACCAUUGGGUAAGUACCAUUGUACGAUUGAUUCUACAUUUAAAUUAUUUGCAGAAUGUUGAAAAAAACACAUAAUUUCAAGACAGUCAUCAUUGAUGCCAUCAAGUGUUACCGCAAAACUGUGGAUAAAAGAUCACCACAAACCCAUCAAGCACAACACUAGGGAUGCAUAAUUAAAGUAUAUGAACUCCUAGAUCUCAGAUAACUGAGCAGUGAGACUACAGGGGCAUGAUGUAUACACCAAAACCACUCCAUUAAGCUAAAAUUAUUUUGGUGCUUUUAGUGUCCCUUUAAGAGUUCUUAUUUAUCUUAUAUACCAGCAUGAGGAGAUUCUGUAAAAUAAAAAAAAAAAUUUCUUAUAGAAGGAGAAUUGUUGAGAAAUGUUUUGUUGCAAACUGUAUGAAUCAGCUAGCUUAACAAUUAAAGUUUCAGUAAGUAGUAAAACUGUUUUUGAACAGUUUGACGCUCAUCUAAGUACCCUGGGUGCCUCUGGUCUCUGAUAUAUAUGGUGCCUCAUCUAUAUAUACAGCAGUCCUCCAUGUGUAAUAGAUGUAUCAGUUCUGUCCAAAAUAAGUGCAAGUCAAGUCACAAAUGCAAAGAGAGGAACAAUGUCAGAAGAAGAGGCCAGACCUUUGGUGUCUGGGAUAACCAGGUAAGUGUACUUUGUAAAAACAAAUGGUAUAACUACAUAUUAUAGGAUAACACUAGGACACCCUGGCACAACACCCACUAGAGUAUUCUACAGUGAUUAUGGUGCUUAGGUCAUUCCUUUAAGAGAUAUGAUUUUAAUUUUUAUGGAAUCUCUCAAGAAAGUUCAAUAACUUAAAAAAUAUAAUGACAAAUAAUCUGAUGAGUUGAAUGAAUUCUUGAGAUGUUGACUGGUAAAAGCCAUUGUUCUGUGUGGAGCCCAUUUGUUAUUUAAAGCUUUAUCUUGUUACUGCAGGUGAUAUCUUCAAAGACCGGAGAGUGUGGAUUAUAUACUCACCAGAUGACCAAUAUUACAACAAACUUGUGCGUGUUUUUGCUGCUUCUUUAAUGGAUCUUCACCUAAAUGUGGUUUUGGAUCAGUGGCACCGCAGGGAAAUGUCCUCCAUUGACCCAAUGCCUUGGUACCAUCAUCAAAAACAAAGAAUUUUUAGGGAAAAUGGAAUCAUCAUUCUCUUGUUUGACGAAGGAGCACUGCAGAGUUUCAAAAGGUGGAUUUCAACGUCUCAGCUAGUCAACCUGGAUCCAUACACUUCUUUUGGAGCUGCCCUUAACUGUAUCCAUGCAGACUUUGUUGAUGGUAGUGCUCAAGGCCAUUAUGUGGUUGCCUCCUUUGGCCAAACUAGCAUACCCCAUAUCUUCAACAACUACCCCAAAUUCAGAUUACCUUCCGACGUUAAGAAAUUGCUUCAAGAACUGGCUGGAAUCAACCGACGCAAACUUAGAAAGAAUCAACUUGAUCAUCUCUCUACUAGAGUCAAAAAGAAACUAAAAGAACCAAUUUCGAAAUACAAGAAAAUCAGCACCAGUUUAAACAAAAGUGAGACUCCUUCUAUGAAUUCUGGAGGAACAAACGCAGUGGAAAUGCUUCCAUUAAUAUAAAAUGUUAGCAUUUCUAGAGUUACUAUUAAUAUCUCAAAAAAGUUGUGACCUUUUUUAUUUUAUUGGCUCUAUCAUCAAUUCACAACUGUUUUUGAAGCUUACGACUGCAGGACAUUGGGUUGUGACAUCAUAGGAUGGAGGUAGGAGACAUCCGUUAGUCCACACCAGCCUCAGAAAUAUUUCCACAUGUGCUGAUAUUCAGCACUUUUAUUUUCUCCAGCUUUGUCAAUUGAAUUUCUGUGAAAUUAAUGCUGACAAUUACUGGACUAUUGCAAAGAUUUAUUUUUUUAAUGUGUUGAUCAAACAUUUUAUUGCUUUACUAACUUCUGUCCCAAGACUUUAUUAAACAGUCACAAUAUAAGUUAAAUGUCCAUCUCCUAAAGCCUGCCUUUCUCGUGGCAAUCGAAGUGUAAAAGGCACUUUUCAGUUAAAGAAACUGCCUUACCUUUUCAGACUAUGGGAAAUGGAUCUGGGACAAGCCUAAGAGCCUCAUGAGUGUGGAUUAAAUGAUUUACACUAAUAAUGGAAUAAUUAAAGGCAGUUAAAUUCCAAAAUCAAGCAUUUAAAUAUUUGUUGUGAUGUUACAGGAGCCAAGUGGUAAUAAACAGAUUUGCCCCAACUUAGUGAUAAAUGGAGGUGUGCAUCCCAUAAGGGGGAGACAUUGUACAUACUUUUAGGAAUUGUCCUAUUAUUGUCCCUUUCUGGGGAAAAUUAAGAGUCUUAUUCUCAAACAUUUUUCACCAGACUUUAAUUUGAGUCCGGAACCAAUUUGAAUUUUUCACACUGAUUUUUCAAUUAAUAAAUUUAAAUAUUCUAUAAUAAUUAGACUCAUCAACUUGGCUAAAACCCUAAUAGUUGGUUUAUGGAAAAAAGUUAACUGUCCAUCAAUAGAGAAUUGGAUUAGUAAAGUGAAUGGACUGCAAUGUCACUCCUAUGGAAGAGCAAAAAGGGGAUGUUUGAGAGACAUUGGAUGCACUAUUUACAUUUCUUAAUUAAGUUAAUAGAGAGUACGAUAUGAUAUCUCUGUUCGAUUGGAUCAUACUCUUAACUCUUUUGACUGGACCGGGGUGGUGGAAAGGGGAAUGGCAGUUGAGUUGGCGGGCAAUAGAACGAUUGAAAUUUAAUUUGUACUUUAAAUUCUUCAUAGGUUUUGUUUUUUCCCUUUUUUAUUUCCCUCAGAGUUGGGAUUUGUGUAUAUCUGUAAUAUUGUGUAUAUUGUUUUAAGUUAUAUAUGUAAUAUAUUAUGUUUUCAUAAGUAAAUAAAGUUUAAAUAAA